AUGGCGCUGCUGAGCUCCCCAACAGAGACUGAAUGCUUGACUAAGCCGCUUUUCUGCCGCAAGGGGGCGCUACGCCAGAAGGUCAUCCACGAGGUGAAGAGCCACAAGUUCACCGCUCGCUUCUUCAAGCAACCCACCUUCUGCAGCCAUUGCACAGACUUUAUCUGGUGAGAGAACCUGACCCUGUGAUGUGACCCUAUUUGCAUUGACCCCCUGUAACCCUUUGCCUUUGAUCUUGCCACCCCUUUUACUGCUGCUUGUGCAACCCUGCGCCCCACAUUCCAUAACCCUGUGGUCCUAUCACUCUUCUCCAUAAAGGGCUACCUUAUUCAGGGCUUCCUGUGUCCUGUAGUUCUGUCUAGAUGCAGAAACAGUAGCAGGCACAGAAUUCAGCACUCUGAUAACCUGAUUGCUCUGUUUUUAUUUUUUAAGGUACCUUUCUAGUCCUCAUUGUGGUUGUGCAGAUUAGUCUUGGGCCAUGCUUGGUGAAAUCUCUAAAACUCUGGGGUUACUAAGUAGGAAUUCUAGUGGUUAGGGGGUAAGGCUGCAGUGUCCUGUGUAAGUCCUUGCUCAUCUCUGUAACAAAAAAGUGAUGCUAAUUUAUGUAAAAUUUAGAUAGGUCAUAUAAUUUCUUGCUGGAGAAUUUGGGCAGUCUUGGUCCUGAAGUUGAGUUGACCAAUGGUCCUGUCCUCCUCUACCAUUACUGGUUUUUAUUUCAGGUUUUUCUAAGUAAGGUAUCUACUUUUACUCUGCCACCCAAGAUGAUGCCAAGGUUCAAACGGAGGAAUUCAUACAAGCAAAGUGAUUUUCUCUCUCUCUCUCUCUCUCUUUCUCGUCUUUCUUCUGGCAGAUGUUCCUUGUCCUAUAAUCCCAUUACUCCUCUAUAUGUCUCUGAAGCCCCAUAGAUCUAUAUGGUCUGAUCACCUUUUACCACCCUAGUUUUGUUUCUAUAGAUUUUCCUCAAUCUAUAAAUCCAUACUUCCAUGCAUGCAGCCUCUUAUUUAUAUUUAUUGCAUUUACAUGUAAUACCAAGCCUUUGGCACAAUCGAUCUAGUUAGUUCUUUCCAAUAUAUCUCUACAUCUUGCCAUAUCCUCUGUCCCUCCAUCUCUCCCAUAACCCAUGGCCCUAUAUAAUUCAGUUUGACCCUGCAGAGCCUUUAGUUUCAGCCAAGAGCCCCCAUGACUACCUGUGUGUAUUCUGUGCUUCUCUCUUUCGCCCACAUUUCUGCUUCCGGGAAAUCUAAUUCUGCAAUCAGAAUGUGUUGGGCGAAUUGAGUGUAUCAAAAUAUAUUAUGCAAAUUAAGUGUAUUUGCGUAAUGUGUCUAGUUUUGCAUAAUUCAUCUUACUUUCUGUGAUUCAGCUGUGGAAAUAAGUAGGAUUUAUUUGUGGCAAAGAUGAUGUUGAUGGAGGUGAAUAGAAGUGAGGGAAGGGCAAGGAGCUGUUUCAACGCAUAAUAACCAGGACUAGAAACUUGGAUAUAUAUUUUUAAAGGAUGUGAUCCUUAGGAUGUCAAAAUCCACACUAGAAAUAACUGUUUAAAUAGUCAUCUCCAGGAUCCAUAAUCCUGACCCAUAUUUUGGAAGUUUGGAAAUAGGUUCUGAGUUUAUACAACAAUGCAUGGCCCAUGCAUUGCCUAGGAACACUCAGGUAUUCUGGAGAGAUAUUGCUGGUCAGAGAUAUCCCUGGCCUUUGGUUUCAAUGUGUUUUGUUACUGGUUGUCCUCAUUUUGGGAUUGUUUUCCCACAGCCUGUAGUUCUGACAGGUGCACAAUUGUGGUAGGGUUGCUGUGUUUGUAAAUUCUCAAAUGGUGGACUAUCCCUCCAUUAAACCCAUUUAGUGGGGAAGAGCAUUUAAGUUUUAUAUAGUAGGACAUCAGGGGACUUGCUAAAAUCACAGUACUCUCAUGGGCUUCUUGUCAUCUUUAAGAGAUACAUAUGUUAUUAAGUAUGGGAUAUAGGUCCCUGCUGCCUAAUACAGUCCUUUAUAUACCAAAUGGAAAUUUCAGCUUUCAGAGUGGGUGUAGCAAGACAAAACAACAAUGUGAUGCCCUAUAUUUCUAAAUAUCAAUGUGCCACAAUUAUGUAUGAUUCCCCCUCCGCAACCUUUCUUAUUUGGGGUUCCUCUUUGCUGCCUCCAGAAGCGCCUUUUCUCAAACACACACACACAUUUCUCUCAGACAUAUUCCUGAAGGCUGCAGAAGUGAUGGAAAUUUGUUCUGACACAUGGUUCUGUGGUCACACACACACAACGCGCACACACCAAACAGCACAUAAUACAUUUUCUGCUUAUUAUGGGCAGAGAACAUGAAGGAUCCGUAAAAAUAUAACCAACAGGUGGGAGGCAAAGCAACGGUUGUAAGGCUCAGGUAACAACUGUUUUUCAAGUACGCAGAAAGGUUGGAUUGCUAUCAAUAGACAAGGAGAGCAAGCCAUAUUCCUCUGCAGCUGAAUGGAGAAAAACAGGGGGAUGGAAAGAAAGUGUUUUGUGUUAAAUAUAUCAUGCUGAUGAGAUCUUUCUCAUGGUUAAGCUGCUCCCUUUAUCACUCUGCGCUCAGAUCCCAAUACAGAUCCCCUCUCCAAGACGAUUGCUCCUUCAGCAUCUUCACCACCCUCAAGCUGAAGCCACACCAUCCAUUCAAAGGACUUUUAUAGCGCUUUUAACAGUCCUGGCUUCCGGCCCCACCCAAAAGAGAGAGAGUGCUGGGAACAGCAGCUCUGUGAGGCCUGCAUCCUGAAAAAACCUACAGCUUCUAGGCUUCUCUGGGACUCUUAAAGCUAUAAGAGUGCUUUAAAUGGAUGCUGUGGAUGUGACCUCAGUCAUCCAAAUGUCUCCUGUUCCCACAAAUGACUCCAGCCUUUCUCCCACGCUGCAGUCAGUAGGGGACAUGGCUCGAUGGCAGAGGAUAUGCUCUGUGAGGAAUGGAUCUCAGGCUCAGUCCCUGGCAUCCCCAGGUAGGGCUGGCAAAGACCACCUGAAACCCUGCCAGUCAGACAAUAGACCAGUUCCCCAAACUUGGGUCUGCAGCUGUUUUUGAACUACAGUUCCCGUCAUCCCUGAUCACUGCUCUUGUUAGCUAGGGAUGAUGGGAGUUGUAGUCCAAAAAACAGCUGCAAACCCAAGUUUGGGAAACCCUGCUACAGGCAAUGCUGUAUUUAGGCCUUGCAGAAUUCCUGUCUGAUGCUGCUUCUCUCACUUCCUUCAAAUUUCAUCUCAACCCUUCCCCUCAACCUUUUCUGUAACCCCUUAGUCCAGGGAUGCAGAAGCUGUGGCCCUCCAGAUGUUGUUGAACUACAACUACCACAGAAUAGUACCAAAAGGCGCACAGCUAUAGCAACGAUAUACAGUGGUACCUCGGGUUACAUACGCUUCAGGUUACAUAGACUUCAGGUUACAAACUCCGCUAACCCAGAAAUAUUGCUUCAGGGUAAGAACUUUGCUUCAGGAUGAGAACAGAAAUCGUGCUCCGGCGGCACGGCAGCAGCAGGAUGCCCCAUUAGCUAAAGUGGUGCUUCAGGUUAAGAACAGUUUCAGGUUAAGUACGGACCUCCAGAACAAAUUAAGUACUUAACCCGAGGUACCACUGUACAAUCUUUAUAUUGAGGUAGACAAAAUACCAACACAAUUGCAGCAUAUACAUUUCAGCACAGCUUACAAAGAACCAUAUGGCUCAACAACAAUUAUUAUUGCAUUGAAGACGGCUCUGUAGUGCAGCUGCCUAUAAGUUUGCACCCUAGCAAUGGUGUUAUCCUCUUGGAAUCAAGCAACUUCUUUGGAGAUAUAAACAUUCUGGUUGUGAAAACUGCGGCUGGGGCCUCGAAAUGCUUUUUGCGGGUUUGUCAUCUGAGGAAGGCCUUCGAAGCAGGACCUUAUCCAGAAGCCUGUCUGUUGUCAACUGCUUAGAGCAUUCUUCGAUGCAAUAAUAAUUAUUGUUGUGCCAUAUGUUUCUUUGCAAGCCUUGCUGAAAUGUACAUAUUGCAACGAUAUUUUGCAUUGUAAGCUUCUUAUUGCAGUUACAGCUGUAUGCCUUUCCACACUUCUCUGUGGUGGUUUCAUCUAGGACUGUGUCCUUGUAUGUGAUGUUGAACUACAACUCCCAUCAGUCCUAGUCAUUGUCCAUGCUGGCCAGGGCUAAUGGGAGCUGGAGUCCAACGACAUCAGGAGGACAACAGCUUCCACACCCCUGCCUUAGUCCCUGACCCCUACUGAAACUGAAGCCUUAGUACAAGCUCGUGAAAUUCUUAGCCUACAUCUCUCCCCCUCUCUUUUGACUCCCCGAGGUCAUUUGUUAAGAGCCGUGGAUUUUAUUGAUUUUUAAAAACAACAAGCAAAAGAAGCAUAACAGGUGCCUCAUGUCAAAUUUUAGAUGGUAGGCUCCUUGCAGUAGGAACCUGUCUUCUUGUUCUUUGUAAGCUGCUACAAAACUUUGAUAGCUCUAUAUGAACAGAAACAAACAAAUUCAGGUAAAAGAGCAAAGGUGCUGGUCCACUAGAAAAACAAAAAAACCCUCCGAUAUCCACCGUAGGGUAUUAAUUUUGUUAGGCCCAACCAAACUGUCACAGAGUUGUUGCAAGCUUUUGAGUUCUCUAGAACUGUUUACAGUGGUACAUCGGGUUAAGUACUUAAUUCGUUCUGUAGGUCCGUUCUUAACCUGAAACUGUUCUUAACCUGAAGCACCACUUUAGCUAAUGGGGCCUCCCGCUGCUGCUGCGCCGCUGGAGCACGGUUUCUGUUCUUAUCCUGAAGCACUAUUUCUGGGUUAGCGGAGUCUGUAACCUGAAGCGUAUGUAACCUGAAGCGUAUGUAACCCGAGGUACCACUGUAUUGGGCAAGAUGUUGUAGGAAAUCAAUGGGCAUGGAGGGAACAGGGCAGAAGGACAAAAGAAGAAAUCAGGGUCCCCACCAGACUGUCACUGUUUUGCAGGAGGGAUUCAGCAGCAUACUGGCAAAAUUCGGAUUGCACAACUAAAAGUGGAUCAAAGAGCUCUUCUGCAACAAACCCACUUCAAAACAAUUCAGACCUUUUGUAGUAACGAAAGUGAUGGGAAGAUGAAAUGGGGUGGUAUGGUGGGCCAGACUAUAUUUCUUGGGGAGGGGGGAUGAACAAAUUCCUAUGCCCCACAAAUAACCUAGAGAUGCAUUUUAAGUAAAAGGACACAUUCUGCUCAUGUAGAAACACGCUGAUCCCCAUACUGUCUGCGGGCCGGAUUGAGAAGGCAAUUGGGCCGCAUCCGGCCCACGGGCCUUAGGUUGCCUACUCCUGAUUUUGCUGCUGUGCCAUGCUGAGAAAAUCUAUGGCUUGGCUUAGUGUGUUCCCCGAACCUGGGUGCUUGCAAUUUAGCUCUCUCUAGGCUAACCAAGGUUUGUACUUGUUUUAGCUCACCGUGGCGUAGCAGCAAACUCCUCCCCUGCUUUCGAAAAAGACAUCAUGGGUAGGGGGAAAGCAGAAUGAUGUCACAGAUCCCAAAUGGGAACCUGCAACAAAAUGUUGAAGUGCUCUGGUUCACUGGGUCUGUCAGUCAGCCAUGAUCUCCUCUAAGAUUCCUAUUUCAUGCUCUCCACCCCCAAGAGACAGUCUGUGGCCACUGAACAUGAUAAAUCCUGCUUUGGGCUGCUCUUUUUGAGGGUGGGUGUGCCCAUUAGGUUGUUUUUCCUAUAUAUUAUUUGUACUUUUUGCAGGUUAGUGUUCACCCAAAGGUUCUGAUGCUACCUUGCUAUUUCUUACUAGCACCGUUUUAGGUAGCGUCCUGUUGGCACUCACCAGCUGAGUUCAUUAUUAGAGGGAACGAUGACAGGGUCUGUCACAUUUAAGGAGAACUUGUACAAUUGACAGCAGAAAGUUCAUGAAGUUACAGUAUUGGCCACACCAUCUGGUUAUGUGUGCAUUUUAUGCAGCUACCUCUUCCUUCAGGCAGCUCAAGGGCGUAAACAUGGCUCCCGCUUUUGUCCCACUUAACAAUUCUGUGUGAGGCAGGUUAGGCAGAUUACCGAUGACUGGCUCAAGCUCACUCAGUAAGUUUUACAGCUGAGCAAGGAUCUGAACCUAUGUCUCUCCAUUCCUAGGUCCAGUACUCAGUACUUGCAUCGCAGGGGGUUGGAGUAGCUAAAUUUGAGGGGAGCCAAGGGGUGGAGCUUGUGGAUUUCAUUAAGGACACCCUUGCUUUUCCCUCCUAAGCCCUGACAACACUUUCACCACUGCCUGACACUACGCUGGCCCAUGCUGGCUACUCUUUAGAUAACACAGCAGCUUCUGUUUGUAAUGGGGUGUGGAGUGUUGACUUGGUGGGUGGGUGGUGGUGGUGGUGGUCCUGUGCUCUCACUGGUGGUGGGUGGAAGAGAUGGGAGGCAUCCGGGUCAACAUGGCUGCAUCAUGGCCAAAUGGCCAGAAGUGACUGUGCUGGCACUAGACUCUGAUCUCACUGGGGUGGGAAGGAGCUUCAGUUCAGAACAGGUCAGAGAGGCAGUGAAGUGUAACUAUUUUGCUCAAUUAAAACAAUCUCUUCCCAAGUGGCAGUUUGUCCCAAGUGGCAGUUUGUCCCAUGGAGGAAAACUUGCAGGUACCUAUAUGUUUUGCCCAGCAGGCCAAAAAAAUAUUAGGACUUGGAAAAACCCCCUGAUAAAUCUCUGUUCUUGAAUCUCCUGUCAUGCCAUGCCAGACAUGGCCCUGAUUCUGUACAAUAUUUCUCCCUUGUUAACCAUUGCCUUUGCUCUGUUCUUUUAUCCUCCAUACUAUCUAGAUUUGUAAGCUCCACAGGGCAGGGAGUUCUGUUACGAUUAUGUGACUCUAUAAAGUGCCACAUACAGUAACGGCACUUUAUGUAUAAGAGGAUCCUUCCCAAAGACCGAUAAGGAUGUGAUGAGGAGAAAAGGCUGUUGGAAGAGGUAUGAAAUUCUGUUUGAAGUUAGCCGAAAAGGCAGCUGUGUGUCAGCUUGUGGAAAAACCUGGAGCUUCGACACCAGCACCCCCGCAGCCUCGGGAGUUAGUGUCAGGCGAAGACAAAAUAUGCUAAACCCCUCAUCUCUGUUAAUGACUCACAUAGCAGAGGGCACAGAAGUCUUUAUAAUAACUACUAACUCCAAAGACAUACAAACAUUUCCAUCCCCAUUUGGGGGAUGUGACAGCUGGGGACUUGCCACAUAGAAACCCAGAUCUUACCCUCGUAUUUAUUUCAUUCUUUAUUUAUUUAUAAAAUCUCGUGAGUCAACGUUUGUAGCCCAGAUUGGGUGCUCAAAGUGACAUAACACAAACAUACAGAGCAUCUAUUUAAAACGCAUUAAACACAGUAAAAGCAGAAAAAUAAAAAUGAUGAAAACCGUCAACCCUAAGCUCUGCUAGAAUUUAAGGCAGAGAAGAAUCAACAGAGGGACAAAUCCAGUUCUCAGCUCAUAAGGCAAGAAGCAAAGUUGUAGUCUGUUGAAAGUAAGACUCCGCUGUAUUCAGUGAGACUUACUUAGAGUAAAUGUGCAUUUGCUUGGGCUGUAAAACAGAAUGCUGGCAAAGGCUGAAGAAACCAAACAGUUCCCACUAGUGUGUCAAAUGCUCAUUCAGGAAAGGAGCCAACCAGCCCAAUCUCUCUUGGGAAGAAGGUCUUAAAUGGAAGUUACCACCAUAAAUAUGGUCCUUCUGAAACUAAAACAUUUCACCUGUUGAUCUUACAGAGCAGGUGCAGUGGCAUAUAAGGGAGAAGAUGCUGGGAUAGCUCAGUUGGUAGAGCAGGAGACUCUUAAUCUCAGGCUUGUGGGUUUGAGCUCCACAUUAGACAAAAGAUUCCUGCAUUGCAGGGGGCUGGACUUGAUGGUUCCUUCCAACUGUACAAUCCCAUGAUACUUUGAGCAACAGGACCUAGGACCACUGCCUUGAACUGGGCAAGGAAGCAAACUAGAAGCCAGUGCAGAUGGGUCAUGCACCAGAGUAAAAACAUUCUUUCCUACUCAAGCUGGCUAAUGAGCACGUUUGCUGCAUUCUGCAGAACCUGAAGCUCCAGAGCCAUUUUCAAGGGCAGCCCAGUGCCAAUGCAUUGCCAUAGCAGUUAAAACGAAAGGUUACUGUUGUGUGCGUGAGAGCGUGCUGCAUCUCCUAGUCAGAAAGGAGGGAUUUCAGCCGGUUUGUUGGCCAAAGCUCGUGCAAGGUGCUCUUGACUGUGACCUUCACCUGGAUAACUACCAGCAAAACAGGACUGAGGAGUAGGGUAGCCCCUUUUUGAACCAACACUUACUCCCCUGCUUUAAAGUGCAGUUUGGUCUGCAGACGUUACUAGGCAGUUGAUACUAGGUGUUUAGCUCUGUGUCAUGAAAAGCUUUGCUUGCUGAUUUCCGUAGAACAAGGUCUCGCUUCCAGACAGCCUGUUUAUUGAACGUUCAUCCUGAUUUUUUUGUACACUGUUUGCAAGGAGGUUAGACAACACAAACUAUUCGUGGAAAAUUCAUUCUUUUAUAUGGGGAGGCUUCACAAUGCUAUUGUUACCCACAAAAAGUCUGGGUUUUUUAGGAAGUGGAUUUGUUGCAAGAGUACCAAGUCAACUUUGAUUAUGCUACUUUAAUUUGCCAGUAUGUGAUUGAAUCCCACAUGAAAACAUCAACAGUCUGGAAGUGUCCUAAACCUCAGUUAAAGACAGAGACACAAGACAGGUCCCCCCACCUUGGUUAAGUAGAAUAACUACCAUCUCCUGGUUCCAUAAGCACAAUUGCAAAUGAUAUGUUCUCCCCACCGGUCAUUUCUCUAAUAAGCAUGCUUGUGUGGUCCAUAAGAAAAACCACAGCCAUGAACAUGCCACGUGAGUUCUGAGAUUUUGCUAAAGCAUGGGGCCAUGUGUGCAUUUUGACAUGGUGUGCAGAAGUUAGCAUCCUGAGAAUCUUCGCUUUCAAGUAAAAUGAACCAAGUUUCUAGUCCUUAAGGCUGUAAAGCUAGGCCUUGAAAGAGUGUUAAUGUUAAUGCUUUGCAAGUAGAAGGCCCCAAGUGCAGUCCCUAGCAUCUCCACGGAGGGCUGGGGAAGAUUUCUAAAUGAAAUUCUAGGAAUUUAAAUUGGGGAAAACAUCAUGGCUUUCCUGUAUAACCUAUGGUUUGGUUCUUAAAACAAGGUCUGCAGUUCAAUUUCAGGUUACCACUGAGAGCACAAUGGCAAAAACAGAAGGCCUUUUUCCAGAGCCAGGAGGGAUUGAGUCCUGCAUAAAAAUUCAACUCCUUCUAGAUUCUAGUGCUACUGAACUGCAGCAUGCAGAGCGAAGGGUGGGGUAGGGGAGUAUUGCUAGAUGUUGCUAGAGCUGCCACUUCCAGUCCGUGCCCUUUGCUACCUAGAUGCCUUUUCCUUCCACCCUGUCUGUUUAGUAGAGCUGCACCCAAGUGUUGAAAAACAUGAGUGUUAAUUGCCACAACGUAAUAAAAUAAUUGCCACCACGUGCAGCAAGGAAGCAAAGCCAGCCAGCCUAUUGGUUGGUUUGUAAUAUUAGAAUAAGAAUUGCUGACAUAUCUGUUUAACAGUUCGUGCUUUGUUGGAUUUUAAGUAGUGUGUGUGUGUGUAUGUGUACACCCACCCACACCAAUACACAAAUUGUACUGUGAAGCCCCUUUACCCUGGCCAUGGGUUGGACAAACCAUGUGGUCAUUCUUUCUACCCACCUGCCACCUUGCCCCUCCUUGCUUACCUUCAAAGAGGUUGACAGUUAAACUUUUGUUUCUCCUUAGGUCUGUAUGUAUUUAUGUGGCAGCAAGUUCCUUUUAAAUCAUCAGGGCUUACAGUUUAUGGUUACAGAUUCUGUUGACAUUCACCUACUAUGAUGGGCAUCUGCAGAUGUUUGCCUGUUCUCCGUUCUAUGCAGACAGAACUCUCUCUUGAACUUUAUUCCCAAACCGCCUUCAGUUUCCAGAUUUAUCAGUGGGGAAACCCCCUGACCUCCUCCUGUACCAUUCACAACACUUUGAUCUGCAAACAUCAGCAAAUACAGUAAAAUGUUUCAAGGCCUGGUGGCAAACAUUAUCACCUGCUAAUGUCUUCAGAGCAAGCUGCUGUUAAAUGCAGAGCAGAGGAGCAGGGGGCCGGUGUGAACCACACACCACACAGUGCUUGUUUAUUUUGGCAUCACUUUCCAAGAUUAUGCACGCCCCAGCAAAAUCAGAAGUGUCUAUGUAGAGCAAGCAUUGAACUGUUUGCAGUUUUGGAAUGAUUACAACACAUGUUCUCAUGGACACACAGACUGUCCCCUGCAAAGAAUAAUCCAGCAGUCAUAGAAAAAUAUUUAUAUAAACCCAGUCUUUUCCUGUUCAUCAGUGGCAACUAAUUCUAAUGUCUCUUUUCUAGCUCCUCUGUCAGAGGUAGUAUGCUUCUGAACACCAGUUGUUGGAAACUUCAGGAGGGAAGGGUGCUCUAGUGCUUAGGUCUUGCUUGCAGGCUUCCCAUAGACAUCUGGUUAGCCACUGUGAGAACAGGAUGAUGGGUGAGAUGGGCCAUUGGCUUGAUCCAGCAAGGACUGUUUAUGCCCUUAGUCUCAGUGUUAACCCUUAUAGAGCUCAGCAAGGAAGAAGAUGGGAAGAAAUGCUGCUUGUGGGCUUCUCUGAGGCGUCUGGUGGCCUAAUCCAAACAAGCUUUUCUUUUGUUCUUUUGCUCAGCACCCCCUAAUAGGUGGGGUUAUUGAGCUGGUUAUAGGGCAUAACAGGCACGAGACUAAAGGCUUAUCCAUACUUCCUCAUGUCCCAUUGGUUUCCCCCAGGGAAAACUGCUCUUUGGCGCUCAAUCAGAACAAACAGCAGUUCAAGUUUUCCUCGGGUCGCCAUUUCUUCUGAUCUAUCACUAAAGAGUGGGUUUUCCCUCGGAAAGGAGCGAGGCAAGGGGAAAACUGCUCAGACCCCUGCAUUCUAGGCACAGGACAAGUAUGGAUGAGCCCCCAGGGUCAUUCCUGAUUGUUUACUUGCAGGCCCGGGCUCCCUACUUGACUUAAAGGAGCAAGGGUGAAUCUUGGAUGAAGUUUCAAAUAUGUCUGCCCCUUCAGAUAAUCAGUGAACGACCUUAGAUCAUAUUUCCAUACAGCAGAGAAACUGCCUCAUAUGUGAUGCUGUAAGGAGCUGUCCAAUUUUGUAAGUGGGUUUUCUUCAACCCUCACAUUAAAAUAACAAUUAUAAUAAAGGGUUCGGGCACUGCACUCCCAAAUAGUCCUUGGUAAGUCUUCAUGAGGUACUUCCUGAUCCUAGAGUCCUUUAUAGUUGUGAUUUUAACAUUUUUACAUACAACCUAUUUGAAAGGGUGUGGACUCUUGCACCAGUCAGUAGAUUUUACACACACACACACACACACACACACACGUGUGACAAUGUCCCCAUUAUAGGGAUAUAUGGUUUGGGGUGGUCCAAAUCCUAUUUUGGUGUACAACUGUGUUUAACCCCCUUCCCACUUUCCCGUAGUGUUCUGAACCUGUUUUUUUAAAAAAAACAACUAAAAAAAUAGGGAACUAGGAACUGCAGAUAAGGAACUAGGACAGGAGCCAUCUUCAGCUUGUCAGCCUUGUUUGUUGUGAUCCCCAUUAAGGGAUCUCUAGGCUUCCCCCUCGCUGCUCCUCCACUGAGAGAAAAGCAUCACCUGUCAAAUGUCCGCUUGUCAUGAGGCAGCUGUGAAAGGCAGAGAGGCUCUGACAGGGACUGGGGAAAAGGCUGGCAACCCGAACUGUGGGGCAGAAUCUAUUCUUUUCCCUGAAUUCAAAGCCUACAAUUCUGGGUUAUAUCUCAGCAUCCUUCCUGGCCACCUCCUGCUCCGUCUUUGUCCUCACAUUUUAAAAGCUGUAAAGAUGUAGAGUGGCUUUGAUCCAUCCCUGGAACACCAAGGGAUCUGGAAACUCAAAGACAUAGACCUGUAGUGAGGGGAAAUAAAGAAAAACACCAGUCAGAAACAGAGAACUCAAACCCUUUCACUGCACCCAUUAGUCUUUACUCCCUUCCCCCCCCAAAAGGUGGGAUCAAAUGUUUCAGGGUCUUCACCACCACCGCCCCACCCCGAGAGCUUUCCUUUUCCAAACAUUUGUCAGACCCAGAGAUAUGAGCUGUUUUUCUUUCUACACCCCCUUUUUUCUUAAAAUAUCUCCACAGAAUCUCUGGGUCAAUUUCUCUGGUUGUAUUCACCCACUCGGGCCUGGGAAGAGAACGCCCCUCAGGCAUAUAUAUCUUCAGGAUCUCUCCUUGUGGAGUAAUUGCUACGAAACAUAUUUCAGCUCACAUUUCUUAUCCAUAGUUGGGUAGGGAGGGGGGGUCUCUGUGUGUGUUUAAAAAUAAGUUUGUUUUUCCUCUUCACGGUUUUUUGGUGAUAAAUGGGAGACACACUCCCCUGUUGUACUCACAUGUUAGAAUGUGGGAGGGGUGAAUUCCUAUAAAGCAGGGUGGAGAUAGAAAACACAAUACCGGAGAGAUGGAAAGGGGCAUGAAUCUUCCCAAGUCUCCUCCACCAAACUUUUCCAUCUACUUACAUUUCUUAGAGCGCCAGUGAAGAAAAAGUUGCUUGGGAAAUAGUGCUGGUUUUGUGCCUGGGGGAGGCAUGGGUGUGAGGAGGAUUCAGCCCUCCCCUCCCUCGCAUACUAUGCUUUAUGUUGGUCCUACAUCUCUACCCCUCCCUAUAGGAAUCCAGUUUUAAAACACAUGUCUGCUGUGAUUAUGUAUCAUUUACCCCAAGAGGAAGAUCUACCUUAGAAGGAAGAGCCCACCUUUUGUGCCUCCGCAUGAGUCACUGUUCUGUUAUUUAUUUAAGAUAUUUUUAGGUUGCCUUUUAGGGCCAAGCCCUCACAAGCUUCCAACUUGUAAGAGCACAAUAUACAUAAUAAAAUUAUAUAUAUAUAUAAAAUCAUCACUAAAAACAGCAGUACAAUCCAAUAACUGUUUUGCUGAAUAAGAGUACCAUUCAACCCAGCUGUGGGCAUGUAACCCUGCUGCAUCUCUUGCUGUACGAAUUCAUCCUUCCUGCAGCAAUGACCAUAGAACUGUAGAGUUGGAAGUGAUCCCAAGGGUAAUCUAGUCCAACCCCCUGAGAAUGCAUGCAGCAGAAUGACUUGCCACCAGUAGAAGGUGAUUGGAAGAGGUGAGGCAAGAACAGGGACUCAUUCAGAGAUGCACUGGGCAGCCUCCUUUUGCAGUAGGUUCACAAGGUGCAUCUAUCUAUCUAUCUAUCUUGUAUGAAGGUGCCCUGUUACACAUCUUAGGAAUUACUAUCCUUGCUAGCGAUCAUGAAUUGGCAGGCAGUGGUAAUUAUUUUGGAUUACAGUGCAAUCCUACCUGUUCCUAUUCAGAAGUAAGUCCUAUUGAGUUCAGUGGCACUUACUCCCAGGUGAAAUGCAAAUAGGACUGCCUCCUUAAUCUGGAAUAAAAGGGUGGUCUCCUGAAUGCCAGCCACCUUUAUGCCCCCCCCUCCAAACCCACACUCCUCACAUCAGAUUACUGUCUUCCCUUUAUGGCAGAAACUCUCUGCUUUUAACACACGCUUUCCUGCCCUGCAAGAAAUUCAACAAGUGGAGCAUUCCCCCACAAGGAUAUGCAAGGAUGGGGGAAGUUGCACACGAUACGCACACACUCCUGUUUGCUCUGCAUCCAGUGAACUCCCACUGCUGGUUUGAGAAAUGGUAUACACAUGACUCCAGCCACAAUCCAUAUCCUGUAUCCAUACAGUUCUUUCUUGUGAAACACAGCAUUUCGAGUUUUGACGCAUCUUCCUCACAAACCAGCUUUGGUUCAAACUGAGAAAAAGAACAACCUUGCUGUGCUUUAAGCCAGUAAUGCGUACACAGCAUGUCUUAUUUGUUUCUAAUGGCACAAAAUCUUCUACAGCUUCCACACAACACCUUCUUCCUCAAAGUCCAUUCCCAUAUCCUCCCCCCCUUUACUCUGGAUUUACCAUUUCUACCUUUUUUUGUUUGCGUAUCAGAAUUUCUGCAGAUAUAGUAAAACUGGAUGCAAUGGGAAAUAAUGCAGAAUAGCAGUUUGGUGAGGACAGUGUCAUGUGGAUGCUGAGAAAAACCCUGCAUGCAUGAGCAGGGUCUACAAAAACUAUUGUGUGGAACUGGACAUGCCCCGUUUUUGUUUUUGUGUGGAUGGGUGGGCAGGAGGAACAAAAUUUGUGACCACCAUUCCUGGCCCAGAAUUCCUUACUCAGAACUCAGGACUGCUGAAUCCUAAUUCUUGCCCCUUAGCCCCUUUCCUUCACAAACAGCCAAAGAGUCCUACAUUUCUCAGGCUCCUCCCCCAUACCCCCCCCCAUUUCCUAUUAUUUCUCAUUUAUAUUUAGACCCGGAGUAAGCAGACUCCACACCUGCCGAAAUCCCUUCUUUUAAAAGGCCUGGGAGCCCUGGCCUCUUAUGCUUCUGGCUAUCCUGAUUAGCACCCCACUUUCAAUCCUUUGGCAUCUCUGGGGAGGGUGAGGAGAGACACCUGCCUGAAACCCUGGACAGCUGCUGCCAGUCAGUGUGGACAAUACUGAGCUAGAUGGACCAAUGACCUUACUCAGUACAAGGCAGCUUUCUAGUGCCCAAUUAAAAACUUACCAUGAGUUAAAAUAUGCGUGCAUUUGUGUAUGUGGCAGAGAGGAGAUGUUUGCAGCUCGCUUUUCUAGCACCUUGUUUCCCGCCCCCCUCCUCAUGUUCCCAGUUGCUCUUGUCAUCAUAACCUCCUGCUUGGCUAGUUUAUUCCUUUUGUGCAUUUUUAAUUAAAGCCAAAUGCUGAACCUUAAAAUAAAAAAGCGACAUCAUCAGUAUUCUAAUGACUACAAAGAGAAGUACAGAUACACACACACACACACACACACACACACACACACACACACACCGUAUUUCCCUACAUGCUGAAAGAGGCUUUGCCAUCUCCAGUGUCUGUUAGAGCUGGUGGAACAUUAAGAUACUGGCUGUCAAUUUUUGGAGACUAUUACCAUGGCAUGUGCGUAUGUGUGGAUUUAACCAGCUGACAUAUUUAACUAAGAAUCCUGGCUGUUCCACUCCCCCCCCCCUUUGCUUCAGUCUAAAGGUUCAUACUACAGGAGAAUCCUGGGUACUGUAGUUGGUUAAGAGUGCUGGGAAUGGUCACUGUGUGGAUGUGUAAGCUACAGUGCCCAGGAUUCUUUGGGGGAAGCCAUGGGAUGCGGGUGGCGCUAUGGGUUAAACCACAGAGCCUAGGACUUGCCGAUCAGAAGGUCGGCAGUUUGAAUCCCCGUGAUGGGGUGAGCUCCCGUUGCUCGGUCCCUGCUCCUGCCAACCUAGCAGUUUGAAAGCACCUCAAAGUGCAAGUAGAUAAAUAGGUACCGCUCUGGCGGGAAGGUAAACGGUGUUUCCGUGCGCUGCUCUGGUUUGCCAGAAGUGGCUUAGUCAUGCUGGCCACAUGACCCGGAAGCUGUACGCCGGCUCCCUCGGCCAAUAAAGCGAGAUGAGCGCCGCAACCCCAGAGUUGGCCACGACUGGACCUAAGGGUUAGGGGUCCCUUUGCCUUUACCUUUAUGUGCCUUAAAUGUGUAGCGUGACUCUGACUGUGGUCAACCUGUCCCGGUGAGGAGGAUAAGGAGCAGCAGUAAAUUGUUGGACAAGAGAUGUUCAGGGCCCUGUGCCCCCUAAGCUAGCAUUCUGCCCACAGGAGAACACAAUUGCCCAUUGUCAGUGUUGAAAUAAGAUUUACCUGUUAGUCUAGUGUUGGCUUCUGCCCAUGGAAAUGUGGGGAGAGAGGGUGCCAUCUUGUCCUUUGCCUCAGGCAGUAAAAUGAGCUAAAAAUGUAUCUGAUACUAAUUUAAAGACUGUUUAUCCCCACAUGAACCAACCUGACCCCUGUGCUCAUCAUCUUAGACCCUUCUCCAUGUUCCCCCUCUGAGGGAGGUGUGGAGAACACCAACACAAGAGCAGGCCUUCUCAGUGGUGGCUCCCCACAUAUGGAACUCUCUCCCAGGGAGGCAUGCCUGGUGCUGUCGCUACUUAUCUUUAGGCAUGGGGGGGGGGAGAUUUAUCUUUCCCCAAUGUGGUGUAGUGGUUAAGAGCGAUAGACUUGUAAUCUGGGGAACCGGGUUCGCAUCUCCACUCCUCCACAUGCAGCUGCUGGGUGACCUUGGGCCAGUCACACUUCUCUGAAGUCUCUCAGCCCCACUCACCUCACAGAGUGUUUGUUGUGGCGGAGGAAGGGAAAGGAGAAUGUUAGCCGCUUUGAGACUCCUUUGGGUAGUGAUAAAGCGGGAUAUCAAAUCCAAACUCUUCUUCUUCUUCUUAUUCUCCAGGCUGUUUGCUUUUAAUCAUCUGUGGCCUCCUUCUGUGGCUGGAAUUAGUUUAUUUUAAAAAUACAAAUGAAUUUCAGAUUACAUUUUGUUUUCGUUUUAUGCUGGUUUUAAUGUAUGUGUUACUUUUCUGUUGUGUGUAGCUUUGAGUUACUUUUUGAUUAGAGAGAGCGAGAGAGUGAGUGAAGUGAUUGAUAAAUUUAAUAAAUAAUAAUGCAUGGAGGCUACAAUCCUGCACCUGGGAGUAUGCCCCCCCCGCCCAAACACAGUGGGACUACUGGUAAGUAAAAUCCAUCGGAUUGUGCUUUCAGUCACCCAGUGAUAAUUAUCAUCAGUGUAAUAGAAUGGAGGAUUCUGUUCCCACCCUCUGCUUAUGGAGACUGUAACCCAUGUCAGGGAUUAUGAGUAUGUAACCAGGAGGAUUAUUGUUAUUGUAGGUUAAAUUAUCCAGUUAAUGGACAUAAAUUUGUAUUAGGGUUGCCAUAUUUCAAAAAGUAUAAACCAGGACACCCCUUUUUUUAGGAAGACCCCAAAAAUGUUGAGUCCCAACCCCCAAGUGACUUGUCUAAGACGUAUGGCAACCCUAGCUUGUAUGGGCAUGGCACAAGAGACUUUGCAUUUUUGAAAUCCACACUGUUUUCUGGCAUUCUAACCACUCAGCAUGACUCCCUUCCUAUAAGUCUGUCUUAUCCCCCGCCUCUCCCUGGCACAUGAAUGUGCGGCUAAAGUCACAUCUAAGGGAUUUGCUAGCUGAGUGCGCCUUAAAUCCUACGCUUUGUGAGAGCUAACCACCUGUUUCUUUUCUUCCUUCUUUUUAUUUUAACUUUCUAUGCAGGGGGAUUGGAAAGCAGGGGCUCCAGUGCUUAGGUAAGAACUUUUUUUUUGGCUUUCCUCUCUGGGUUGGUCCUCCUUUCAUGAGGAGAGCACCACAUGUUGUGAAAGCACAAUCAGGCAUAUGAAGCACCCCAGCAGGGUCACAGCGGGGAAGGAAUUGCAGUUUUAUAAAAGAGAGGUUGCGGGAGCGGAAGCCACAUGCAUCCCUCAGCCCAGAUAAUGUGGUGGAUUGCUUGUGGCACGUCAGUGCUCAGGGAAGAAGUGCACUCUGCAUGUACCUCAGAGGCACUCUCUCCACUCAGUUGCUCUUGGGGGAAAAGGGCUGCUGUAACUUCAAAUCUUUCUUCUUGAUGGCGGUUCCAUGACUUUUACAACAGAUCAUAACAGGAACAGUGUUCUUGUGACAUGGAAUUAGGGAGAAGAUACACCAGUUGAAUUAGUUUCUGUUGGGUAGCUUUUCAGUUUACAGAACCUCUGUGGGAAGACAAAGCAACAUAUCGAGUUGGAACAGGAAAGCUGGGAACAAAGGGCAGGAUUCACCCAGUAUACCUGAAGGAGUGUCUCCACCCCCAUCGUUCAGCCCGGACACUGAGGUCCACCACCGAGGGCCUUCUGGCGGUUCCCUCACUGCGAGAAGCGAAGUUACAGGGAACCAGGCAGAGGGCCUUCUCAGUAGUGGCACCCGCUCUGCGGAACGUCCUCCCAUCAGAUGUCAAAGAAAUAAACUAUAUGACAUUUAGAAGACAUCUGAAGGCAGCCCUGUUUAGGGAAGUUUUUAAAUAAGAGCCAGGGCACCUGGGUUCUUUGGGAGAAGAGUAACUUCCUGUGGAGUACAAGCUGGCAUGUAGGGGACAGAAGAGCUGGGAUUCAGGACUCACAGGCUCUUAGUAGGAAGGGAGAGCUGGAUUUGUGUGGGUGCUGGGCUGGGUUGCUUCUAAUUUCCCUAAUUCCCUUUUUAAUCAGGCAGUUCACACACACAUGGCCCCUGAGCCAGGUUUUAUUGUUUCGCUGAACUAGAUUUCUUCGUCUAUUUUAGGGCUGUGAAAUCUCUCUCUCAUUCUUCUUGUAUUUUAUAUACACUUCUGUCUCUUCCGCUCCCCUUGUACCUGACACUUCAGUCCAAAUUUACCUUCACAUUUGCACCUGCUUCCAGCUUCCUUGUGUUCUGCCCCCACCACGGUCAGGGAUGUGUGUGUGUGUGUGUGUGUGUGUGUGUGUAUGCUAGUAUACAUAUGCACAGUAGUGUGGAAGAUGGCAAUUACACCGUCCACCAAGAUACUUGUAAAGUUAGCCAUAAAUCUUCACCUCAUACUUAGAAGAUCCUACCUCAAUUGGUUUCAAUAUGUUUGGAGGGCCAACAAAAUCCACCACAACUCAAAACAUGUUCAAAGUAUGUUUGGAGUUGUGUGUAUCCACUUCACAUUUUGCGCAUUUAUCAGGAGUGUUUUCUUCCACCGUGUGUGUUCAUGUCAGAAUACCCCCUGCACACGCCCCCAGAAACGAACCCUGCGCUUUAUGCCAUUGCUGUAUACACAUUUCCCCCCUAUAUAGAAAUGGUGGUUUGUUGUUGUUUUUUGCAUGUUGUUGUUGUUGUUUAGUCAUGUCCAACUCUUUGUGACCCCAUGGACCAGAGCAUUUCAGGCACUUGUCUCAUCCACUGCCUCCUGCAGUUUGGUCAAAUUCAUGUUAGUGGCUUCGAGAACACUGUCCAACCAUCUCGUCCUCUGUCGUCCCCUUCUCCUUGUGCCCUCAAUCUUUCCCAACAUCAGGGUCUUUUCCAGGGAGUCUUCUCUUCUCAUGAGGUGGCCAAAGUAUUGGAGCCUCAGCUUCAGGAUCUGUCCUUCCAGUGAGCACUCAGGGCUGAUUUCCUUAAGAAUGGAUAGGUUUGAUCUUCUUGCAGUCCAUGGGACUGUUUUUUGCAUAGGAAAUUAUAAUCUAUGAAGAUGCACUAAUUCUUCGGAUCAACCUCCGCAUGAACCCGUCAUAUGUGGUUACCUUGCAACUCCCUACUCCCCUGAUUUUAAACACAUAUAUACAUUUAUUGACUACAUUUUUAUCUCUUUCUCCUUCUCCAAAAAGCUUAGGACUGCAUACGUGGUUCCCUCUCCGCUUUAUUCUGAUGACAAUCUCACAACACAGGCUAGACUCAGGCCAUGUACAUAUUAAUGGCUGACAAUGCAGCAAGAUCAUCUGUCUCCACCCCCACCCCUUUGCUUCAAGAGUUGCAUUUGUAUGCUGUCGUACACACCAGAUGUCUGCACCCGAUGACCUAUUUGCUUUCCCUGCCCCUGCAAGCCCCUGCAACCCCUCUGACUCAUAUUCAUGAAGCUGCCAUCUGCCCAUGUGCAAUGGCUGCCUCAAGUGUACACACCUCAGUUUCACUGUGAAGUGAAUGUGGCUUCAAAGCAGCAGUAUUUCUCAAGGAAGUACAGAAUAGCUCUACAUUGUGGGUAACAUUGUGCAUACACAGAUUCAAAAGCCUGUGGUGAGACUGCACUGGAGGCAGAGUAAAUGAUAAUGUAAACACAAUCUAAUACAGAGUUACUGGUUUAUGGUCACCCAGUGGGCUUCAUAGCUGAGUGGGAUCACGCAGGUCCUAAUCUGGCACUCUAGCCACUAUUUGAUCACACCAGAUCUCCAGCACUGUGAAGUAUGCAGCCUUCCACUAAAGACCAGAAGAGGACAGUGGCUCCUUAUCCCUUUAUCCUCCAGUAUCUUCCUGUGGAAAAUCACACACAAUUUGGUUUUCAUCCCACAGGGGAAAAGAUAAAGUCACCUAUAUAUUUUCCUCUGCUGGGAGUAGGGGAAGCAGCUUGUGGUAUGUUUUUUUCCCCCCUUCAGCAGACAAACUGGAGGGUAAGUGGUUGGUAACCCAUAUCCUUCAGGCCUCUAUGAAAAACCACAUCCUGCGGGGUUUUUUUUGCAAAAUAAGUAAAAAGCCAAAAUGAUAAACAACAUGUGCCAUGCGCAGUUAGGCCCACAUUUAUCCAUAGGCCUUUCUCACAUGUCACAGAAAAACAUAAGUUAAUUGCUUACUGGGUUGUGCCUUUCUGGUCUGUUUUGCUCCUCCCUGUGAGCAUACGGAAGAAAGAAAUUCACGAGCCCUGGCUUAGCGUUAUGUCUUAACCAGGGACUGCGUCUUGUUUCACUGCCAACAAACCACAACCUAUCAACGAGAUUUGUUCUUGGCAUACUGACUGUGGUUCGUUGGAGCAAAACAGACGAUUCCUGGUUCAGACAAAAGUGUCAGCAGGGGAAAGAGCCCUUUUAGGCCCCUUCAUGACAUGUGAACUGGGCCGUAGACACAACUGUGCUUAAUUAGACAGCACGGAUGUGCUCUACUGCACACCCAAUGAAAAUGUAAAUGCACAUGCCCUGCCAUGUGCUCAUGCCCUUUCGCUUGCCAUGAGAUGCGUGGCCCCCCCACAGACACCUUUCUCCGACAGGUCUCCAACCCCCCCUCUCUGACGUUCGCCCUCAUGCAUGUGAGCACGUGCAGAAAUUCUCCCAUGAACAUACAUUUCGGGCCUCCCAUCCCUGCACAUUUUCACAGGCCCCUAUGCUUGUGUGGAAUUUCCUCCUCUACCAGUUGCACUUGUGAAGAAGAGUCAUGCUGGCAAGCCAGCACUUAACACCUGGAGAUGCCCCUACCCUGCCUUUCACAAACAUUCAUGUCAGCUCCCGUCCAGUUUAAUAUUUAUGGCUUCCCCCUGCUGCUUCUUUCCACAGUUCAUUUUCUAGGUUCAGGUUUCCCUUCCCCAUGGAGGCCUAAGGAUCUCCCCCUGCCUGCCUCCCCUCUAACCGCCCCCCCUACCCCGCAACUUUAUUACAUUCUGCAAAACACAUCUUCAGCUCUCUGUGUCCAGACCUGCCGGUUGCUAAGAAACCACACUACGGCUGCUAAGCAACCCCCCUCCUCACUUGCCAGCUCUGUCAACACCUGCCAAUCAACUGAUGUCCCAUAUCAUAUCCUGCUUUUCCAACUAUGCAUCCCUUUGCCCAGCUGAGAGGACCCAAACAUCCUCAUUCCUGCACCCAAUUUGCCCUCUUAACUCAUCAGCCGCCACUCCUUUCCUGGAGAAUUUAGGAAGUCUGGCUCCAGGGAUGCUCCAUCAUAGGCCUCUGGGUACCAUUCUUGCCCCUUCCCACCCCACCCUCAGGUAUUCUAGGUCUCAGCACCCACCACCUUCACUUCAUGUUGUAAUUCCCCUUAUGUACGCUGGACAUCACACACACACACACACACACACACACACACACACGGCAAUGGCUCAGUUGGGAAAUCCGUUGCCAUGGGAACCCAAGGCAUUGACAAAAGUGAGUGAGCAAGAGAUAUGGAUCAGGGAUAGGGGUUGCCAACUGGCUAGAAAGUCAUGGGCUUGGACUGCCCUUGUGUAUUUUACAGUGGCUGGAUACGCAGGAAACAGCAGCAAAACAACAAUGGCAUCUUAAAGAUGAACAGGAAGUAGCAGGCAAAGGUUUCAGCGGCUGGACUGCACACGAUCCCCUUCUGUUUGCUGUAGGUCAAAUGCCUGUUAACUCGGCCCAGCUGCAAAUGAAACAUGGGCAACUGUAUUGUGGGGAGGGGGCGCUGAAUGGAUAAGUGAAAAGCAGGGCUAGGUUCUCUGGGAGAGGGCUGUAUCCUAAUUGGCUCAGAGGAUGUCAGUGUGUGUGUGUGUGUGUGUGUGUGUGUGUGUGCAUCUGAGCAAAAGUCUUCCCUGCCCCCUUCCUCUGACUCCGUCCGAUCCCCCUCCCCCGUUGUGUGCGGGUACUUGUGGAUUCGUCCCCCGCCUGUUGCCAUGGAGACCCAUCUUCCAAAUCUCAGGCCUGAAGAUGCUGAAGGCGUGGGGGGGGGGGGGAGGAAAGGAGAGAAAAGUCACCCCCUCACCCUGCACCUGCAUUUGCAGACUAAUAAAUAUCCAGUCUCUCCUCUCCCCUCAGAAAGCCCACUUACUCCUUGCACUUUUGCUUCUUGGAUUUAAUGGAAAAGCCCAUGAGUACAAAGUCGAGAUCAAUUAGCACAUAUUAAUAUUGGCCCAUUUAGACAGCCUGGCAUACUAACAUAGAGGUGGUAAAAGGUUAGGGUCCGCCCUCCCUGCCUUCACCAUUUCAGUGAAAGCGGAUAGGGGAAGAAAAGAUUCUAAUCUGCCAUAGCCAGUGCCAGAAGCCAGUGAGGUGAUAGUUUUCUCCGCAGCAUUAAACACAGAGUACUAAGUUCCAGCGCCGGGAGGAGAUCCCAUAGCUCAGUGGUAGGCCUCAUGUUUUGCGAGCAAAAGGUCUCGCGUUCAGUCCAGGCUUUGUUUUGUCUUUAAUGAUCAAGUAGCAGGGAUAGGAAAGGGACUCUAGCCAGCCGCUGCCGGCCAGAAUAGAUAACACGGGGGCUGUGUACACACCAUUCACUUAAAGCCCAUGACUUUCCCCAAAGAACCAUGGGAAUGGUAGCUUACCCAUCACAAUUCAAAAUGCAAAGCAAAACUACAGCUCCCAGGAUUCUUUGGGGGAGGGGAAGUCAUGUGCAUAGCUGUCAACUUUUCCCUUUUCUUGUGAGGAAUCCUAUUUGGAAUAAGGGAAUUUCCCUUAAAAAAAGGGAAAUGUUGACAGCUAUGGUCAUGUGCUUUAAUUGUGGUUUGUAUGCAACCUGGAAUGAAGGUCCAAUGGUCUGCCUCAGCCUACGGUAAUGUCACAUGGUCAUGUUUUUGUGCUGCUAGAUACCUGGGUCAUGUAUGAUUUCGUGAUGCAGUUUCCUCCAACAAAGAACAACAAACAUUUAUUCCCCCCCUUUUCUGCCAUGUUUAGUUUUCUACUCAGCACUGAAUUCCCCCCCCCUUUCCCCAGUAAACUUUUCUCUCUUUCUCCGUCCCCUUUCUUAGUGUGCAGCUUUGUCUUACACAAGAGAUGUCAUGAAUUUGUCACUUUUGAGUGCCCAGGAGCUGGGAAAGGACCCCAGACAGAUGUAAGUGAACCCCUUCAUAUUGUCAAACUUUACGUGGCUACUUAUAACUCUUUUUGCUGCUGCCUCCAAAAUUGAUGGGGAUUUGUCGAGGUGGGAGGAAAAUAAAUUAUGGGUUGGUGGGGGUGGGGGAAAUAGAUAAGUUAACCACUUCUGUUUCCGUGACUUUGGUGGGCAGAGUACUGUGGGGAGGGCUUGGCAGCCAGGACUUCAGGCCUCACUCCUCCACUCCAGGUGAGCGUCCCGGUUUCCUUGCUAUUUAUAUUGCAGAGAGGGGGAGUGGGGAGUGGAUGUCUUCAUGAGGCUGACACUGUCCCAUUUCUGUUGUCCUUGGCCUGGAAAUCCCAGGGAAGGAAUAAGGAAGGAUGGGAGGGCUUGCCUGACUCUCUCUUUCAAUUGCAAACAAAUUGCCUUGCAGAACUGCUUCGCACAGAAUUACCUGUUCCCUGAGUGCCUUCUCAGUUGCAUGCACUGAGGCAUGUGUCAUGCAACUUCACUUGCAUCCAAGCUUGUAACAUGCAUGCCCAGACCUGCAUGUUCUUACGGGAGAAGAAGAUGCAUUGGUGGCACCCAGACCCUAAAGGCACACGUGUUAAAAAAUCUAGCAUUUGGUACUAUGUGGUUUUGUUUGAAAUUAUGUGUUUCUGCCACCCCAAUUGUGCUCCGAAUGUUGAGUAUGUUUUUGUGCUAGCAUGCACACCUAUUUGUUUAUUUAUUGCAGCUAUUUCUAUACCGCUUAUUUACUGAAAUAUCUAAGCAGUACUACAUGCUUGUGGAAUGUACUGUGUACAUAUUCAUAGAAUAGUCAUGGAAAUCCACACCCAUAGACCCCCAAUUCAUGUUUAUAAUCCAUAAUUGUAUGGUAGGAGGACAUGUAGCAUCUAUAUUUGAGGUCCCAGAAUCAAUCCCUAGCAUUUAUUUUUAAAGGCUCUUAGGGCCAAACUACACAUGAUGCUAAAUGUGUCACUGGAAGCAACAUGUAUUCCCAGCAUGUUCACCCCCACCAUUUAAAUAGCAGCUGUUCAUGAGGUUAACCUUUACCUUUUGUGAUAUGGUCCCAAUUAAAAUCCUCCCGAGUUGCUAGUACAUCUGGGAGGGGAGCUUCAAGGUGAGCUUCCCUCCUGGGAUGAAUUGUACCUUUCUAGGGAGAGGAAAGAUGAGGUUAAGCCCUCCAUACACCAUGACUCUGAUCUUGAUUGCCCUUCCAACAUGGCUGAUAAUAAUAAUAAUAAUAAUAAUAAUAAUAAUAAUAAUAAUAAUUUUGUUAUUUAUACUCUCCAUGUGGCUGGGUUGCCCCAGCCACUGGGCUGAUAUUGGAGUAAAAGAAAAAUACCGUAUUUUUCACUCUACAAGACUCACCAGACCAUAAGACGCACCUAGUUUUUGGAGGAGGAAAACAAGAAAAAAAAUAUUCUGAAUCCCAGAAGCCAGAACAGCAAGAGGGAUUGCUGCGCAGCGAUCCCUCUUGCUGUUCUGGCUUCUGGGAUAGCUGAGCAGCCUGCAUUCGCUCCAUAAGACGCACACACAUUUCCCCUCACUUUUUAGGAGGGAAAAAGUGCAUCUUAUAGAGCGAAAAAUACGGUAAUACUUGCAGCUUCUAGUGCUCCCCUGGGUGUCACAAUGUACAUUGUGCACCCCCUUUUUCUCAUGUACUUGUUUCCACUCCAUGAGCACUCUCAUAAAACGUUCUUUUCACUUGUACACAAACUGCACAUUCACAUUCCAAGCCAUAUCUUGUGCUUCUUAACAACUGUGCAUUCUCACUUCCAACCUCUAAAAGGCGGUGGGGGGGGGCAGAGUCUCCCCUAACAACCUGCAUGCCAGAGGUUUUUACGGGUGGUGUUGGUAGGGAUGGAACUAGGACAAAAGACGCAAGUGUUUUAGAGAAUCAUGUGUAGGUUCCCUUCAUCAUAGAUGCUGUGCUUCUGUGCAUUUCCCCUUUGACAGGAUCCUCGGAACAAGCACAAGUUCAAAAUUCACAGCUACAGCAGCCCAACCUUCUGUGAUCACUGCGGCUCACUCCUCUAUGGGCUGGUGCACCAGGGGAUGAAAUGCACCUGUGAGUAACCAUUUGCCUUCCACAAAAAAUAAAUCAAUGAAUCCUGUGGUGCUGUAAAGGCUAACUGUGUCAUGGGCUCUCCAGAGCAAAAGCCUCUUUUGUCAGAGGGCUGUUGUAGCGUGGGGGUUAAGAGUGUGUGCUAUGAACAGGAAAUCCUCAGUUCAGAAUUAGCUCCAUCAUGAGUGCACUGGGUAGGUAAGGUGGUAUUCUUCAACCUCUGCUCUACACCUGCAAUGUGGAGGUAGUUGCUGUGCCACUACUAUUAAGACUAUGUUCCAGGGCUGCCUCAACAGUGGCUGGGUUGCAUAUGUCCAUCUUUUCAAUGACUUAGGAGAAGUGGUCCAUACAUGCAUGGGCGUAGGCAGGAUUUUUGUUGGGGGGGAGUAGGCCUUUUGGUGGGGGUGGCAGAACCUCUUUUUAAAAAAAAAUAAAUUUUUAUUAAGUUUUACACAAGUAUCUCCAAUUAACAAUUCCCAAUUAACAUAUUUUUCUCUUUUGGACUUCCCUCAGCUUCUCUGACAAUCAUCCGUAUUUGAAUUUAUUAUCUACGCAUUCCCAAAAUUAAUAUCGCCUUUUAAGAUACCUUUACAAACAUAUUUGCAUUCUUGCAAUAUUCCUUAUUCUUUCACAAAGCUUCUUUAAAACCCACUAGUGUUGUUUGCUCAUCACAUACACUUUUUCAGAACCUCAGUUAGCUAUGUAUUUUUAUUGAUUGGGAGGCAGUUGCCCCUCUCUGCCCCUCCUUGGCUACGCCCAUGCAUAUACAUCAACUAGUCUUACAAAGUGGACCGAUAAGGCAGAGGGUAUAUUAUCCAUGGCCUCAGUGUAGUGAAAAUUAGCUGUGAUUGAGGCUGGAUCUACAUAUGCAGCAGGACAAGAUGAUGGUGCCCUGAGAUGAAAGAAAAUACAUGUAGACUGCGCCUCUUAGGAAGACAGCAAGGGGAUAUUUCCUCAAGUAAACAAUACCCAGUCUAGGACAAUACCCAGUCCUAGAAAACCUAGGAGAGAUUCACCCGCCUGCACUCUGAAUUGGUAUUAUAGGCUGUUAUAUCACAUCGUUCCCACCCAGUGUGGACUGAUCCCCAUGGGGAUUGGUAGGUUGGAAGGCAAAGAGACCACCAGCAGGUGGAGCUAGAGGCAAUGACAGGCAGUGUUGUUCUCCUCCUCUCUGCUCUACUAGGGCAGUACUGAAAUCAGGAGGAGGAAGCUGCCACCUCUUAAACUAGUUGUAUGAAAGAAGGCAGGCAGACAGGCGGAGAGAAAUGUCCCAUUCAUCCAUAUGGACUAGCUUCCUCCUAUCCCACCUUCGUCUUCUGUAUGUGUAGGUCUAGCUUAAAGGUAAAGGUACCCUUGACCGUUAGGUCCAGUCGCGGACGACUCUGGGGUUGCGUGCUCAUCUUGCUCUAUAGGCUGAGGGAGCUGACGUGAAACUGCCAAAUGGAUGAAAUCAUCAUCAUCAUCAUCAUCAUCAUCUAUACAUUGAAAUUGCCCAGUUUUAUGUAAGCCAAGUAUAUUGUGUAUCCUAUAUCAAAACAUUUCUUAAAAAUCUGUUGGAUUAAUAAAACACAAUUGUAGUGAAUUGGAAGUCGUUGGUUUUUCUGUUGUUUGUUUUUUAAAAAACAACUAACCAGUUAGUUGCCUGGACACUCCUAUGUCUGCUCAGAAGUAAGUCCUAUUGAAUUAAAUGGAGCUUACUCCCAGGUAAGCGGGAUUAGGAUGGCAGCCUAAAUGCUGCAAAGGGAAUGGUAGCAUUGCCAUCUAUGGUUAUCUGGUCCUGGCUUAACUCGCCCACCUCUGUUGCCCCCUGCAGGCUGUGAGAUGAAUGUGCACAAGCGCUGCGUCCACUGUGUGCCCAGCUUGUGUGGUGUGGACCACACAGAACGCAGGGGACGCCUGCAGCUCCACAUUGAGACAUUUGGGAGUGACGAGAUCCAUGUGACUGGUAAGACGAGAAUGGUGGUGACUGGGGUAAGUGGGGAAGAAUAGGAAUAGGUCGGCCUGCUCUCACCUGAAGCUGACUCUUUGUUGACAUCUUCAUUGGAGCUUAGGUGGGAGACAACAAUACAGAAUGCUCCGGUUGUGGACUGUCUUCUCAAGAGGAAACCAAUGUUUGGCUCCAUCUCUUCUCUCUUCUCAAUGGCAAACUGCAGUAGCUCUUUUUGCCCAGUCCUGUGAUGAACUAGGAUGAGAACCCUCCCUUUCCUUUUAUGCUGCUCUCAGUUCUCUCAGUUGUCUCAUAUUUAAGGGAGCAAACAAGAUGUGAUGGGAUAGCUAGAUCAGAGGCUCUGCUCUUUGGCCAGGGAAAAUCCUGCUCAGCCCUUCUAUAGCGACUGAGAUUUCAACAGCCAUUGUGCAAAGCUUAUUGCUAUAGCAGACGAGGACUAGAACUGUUGUUAUUAAAUAAAAUAAAAAUAAAAGCUGAGAUGUUCAGGAUGUUUGAUUCUGCCUUUAAGGGACCAAAGGCAGCCCCAUUGCCCAAGUGAUUUUGAGAGGUUGGGGAGGAGGUACAACUGCAUAACAACGUCAUUUCUUCAGCUGAAAAAGUCUCCCACAGUGGCUGACAAAUCCCACCCUUUGCACUUGCGUUCUAAGAGACACAACACAAAAGGAAAAGGGAGUUGGGAGGGAGUAGGGAAAAAGCAAGCCCAGGCACUAAUUCAUAGUUACAGGGAUCUUGUAGUGAACAGCAGGAAUGGAAAAAAUUGGCUGGGAGCCAGAAGUUCCUGGUCUUUCAGUAGAGCUUGAUGGAGAGGCAAGGCAGCCUCAUCUCUCUGCAUCUCUUGCAGAGGGAUGCAGUUUGGGCCACCAGUACUACUUGUUUUUUGGCAGGUACCAGCCAUCAGGGAUAUCUUUUAACUGGAAAUCUUCAUAUUCUAAAAGUGAGCCCUCACUUUUUAAACAGAAACUGUCAUGCCACAAAUUAAAAAGCUUAUUUUUAAUUUUUUUAAUCUUAGCUGAUGCAGACACAAACUCCAGGCAUGCUGCUCUGCAUACAUCUGAAAUGGUGUCAGGUGAAUUGAGAAUGAUAGACAGGAAAGUGGGCUGUCGUAGACUUCCAGGGGUCUGGAGCCAUGAUUCAGAGUUCCAUGUAGCCUUUUCUGGCUCCCCGUCGCAGGCAGGGAUGGAAUAAAUUAUGCAAAUGCAUGCACACUUGCUCAAUUUGCAUAAUUCAUGCAACGUUUGCUUGAUUCAUACAGAUCACAGGAUUCAGCUUAGUUUGCUUCUUGGACUGAAAACUGCCUUGGUGCCAAAUCUUUGAAUGUGCGUUCUUGUGCACAGGGAAGGGCGGUAGCUCAGUGGUAAAGCACCUGCUCUGCCUGGAGACGUUAUCAGGAUCAGUUCCCUGUCACAGCCAGUUAGGGUUGGGGGGAAACACCCUCUCUCCCCUGGGGAGCUGUCAGCUGCCAGUCAGUGUAGGAAAUACUGAGCCACAUGGACCAAUGGUCCGACUCAGUCAAAGGCAGCUCCCUGUGUCCCUCAGUAUGCACAGCUCAACAUGAGUCUGUAACUAACUAUUUAUUUAUUUAUUUCUCUCUCUCUCUCUCUUCCUUUCUUUAUAUCUACCUCAAAAUAACAAUAAUGGCUAUUGUUAUACAGUGGUACCUCGGGUUACAUACAGUUCACGUUACAUACGCUUCAGGUUACAGACUCCGCUAACCCAGAAAUAGUACCUCAGGUUAAGAAAAUUGCUUCAGGAUGAGAACAGAAAUCGUGCUCCGGCGGUGCGGCGGCAGCAGGAGGCCCCAUUAGCUAAAGUGGUGCUUCAGGUUGAGAACAGUUUCAGGUUAAGAACGGACCUCUGGAACGAAUUAAGUACCGUAUUUUUUGCUCUAUAAGACUCACUUUUUCCCUCCUUACUUAGUAAGUUGUUCUGGCUUCUGAGAUUCAGAAUAUUUUUUUUCUUGUUUUCCUCCUCCAAAAACUAGGUGCGUCUUAUGGUCUGGUGCAUCUUAUAGAGCGAAAAAUACGGUACUUAACCCGAGGUACCACUGUAAUACAAUAUAUUGAUUGAUCGAUUGCCUCUAUAUCCCAUGUAGCCUCCAAGGAGCUCAAGGCGGUGCACAUAGUCCUCCUCUUUAUUGUAUUCACACAACAACCCUGUGAAGUAGGUUAGUCUGAGAGAUAGUGACUGGCUAAAGGUCACCCAGUGAGGUUCAUGAUGGGGGAUUUGAACCCCAGUCUCCCAGGUCCUAGUUCAACACUUUUACCUGCUAGACCACACUGGCUCUCUGAUAAUAGUGACAAUCAAGGACAGCAUUGCUAUUAAGAACAGCCAGGGCUGCUGGAACAUCAAGAAAAUGCCCUGGGCCCUGCAGCAGAGAAGAAAACCUUUUGGAGUUGAGGCGGGUGGUGAACAGCAUGGGAGCAGGAGGCCUGGCUGUGGCUCUGGCUGGGGCGGCGAGUGGGAUUGAUUGAGCUGGUGGAGGCUGAGAGCCAGGACGCCUGGGUUCUAUUCCUAGCUGCAGAACUUGACAUCCCCCGCCUCUGCUUUUCACACCUUCUUUCUCUGCACACUUUCUUCCCGCUCUCGUUUCCCUCCCCCCCCCUCCUGGAACCCUGCAUGUAGGUGGUGAGGAGAAAGCCAUCGCUGCAGUUUUCUUGACAGAAAGGGAUUUCCUCACCCACCCCUCUACUAUCUCCUUCAAUUUCUCCACCCCCAACGCGCACACAAGCCACAUAUGAGGGUGGGAGCAAUUGCUGCCACAGCAACUUCCUUGGCCCGCAGCAGGUGGCCUGGGAUGGGAGCCAGUGGAUCCUCCUUCCUCCGCCCACUAGGGAACGCAGGAGGUCUGUCUUCCCGCCCACUCGCCCUCUCCUCCAGUACUUACUCUGCUGGAAGCUAAUCCUCUGUUGGAAGCUAAUAUGCGUGUCUCCCCUUCCCCCCCUCCUUUUCUUUGUUAGUUGGUGAAGCCCUUAACCUGAUCCCGAUGGAUCCCAAUGGCCUCUCGGACCCCUAUGUGAAACUCAAGCUGAUCCCUGACCCUAAGAACCUAACAAAGCAAAAGACUCGGACCGUUAGAUCCACCCUCAACCCAGUGUGGAAUGAAACCUUCACUUUGUAAGUCCUGCGGAUGUGAUGGAGGACCUAGAAGCCAGAGCCCCGAUGGGGUUGUGUGUGUGUGUGUGUGUGUGUGUGUGUGAGAGAGAGAGAGAGAGAGAGAGAGAGACUCUGACCUUCUUUAUACCUCCCCAGCACCCUGCAGCCGGGGGACAUGGAGCGGCGUCUCUCCAUCGAGGUGUGGGACUGGGACCGGACAACCCGCAAUGAUUUCAUGGGAGCCAUGUCCUUUGGGGUGUCUGAGCUUUUCAAGGGUCCUGUGGAAGGCUGGUAAGGGGAAAUCUGUGGGGGAGCAGGGCCGGAGGGGGGUGGUGGAGAGAAGCAAAGAUGGAAGAGAAUGAUGGGGCAACUUGGGGGACCACCACUGGCUCAUUUUCUUUCUCUUUUCCCGUCCGUCUUGGCGUCUCUUUGGGUUUUUAUCUGUUUGCCUGGAUGGCUCCAUUAUCUAAUCCAAUCUGUCUAUCUAUCUACCUGUCUUCUCUGCCUUAUCUAUCUACCUUAUCUAUUUUAAUCUACCUUAACUACUUAUCUAUUUUAUCUAAUCCAUCAAAUACCCCUCAUUUCUCCUCCCACCCCUCACCCCACUCUUCUGUUUCCAUUUCCUUCUGCAUUCCUCCCCAUCCAUCUCUCUCCCUAAUCACUCCCUCCUCUUGUUCAUCCUCCUCCUCCUCCUCCUCCUCCUCCUCCUCCUCCUCCUCCUCCCUGCCUGGUGUCCCUGUCUGCGUUGCUGUCCCAGGUACAAAUUGCUCAAUCAGGAGGAGGGCGAAUAUUAUAGUGUCCCUGUGGCCGAUGCAGAAAACUGUGGGCUGCUGCAGAAAUUUGAGGUAACCUUGUGGCUCUCCGGCCCCGCUUGGACUGGCACCCUCCCCUGGUCUGCCCCCGCCAACUAUGUGCCAUAUCCAGCCCAAACACAAACCACACCCCUAGCUGGGGGUGGUGUGGCAGGGCCACUGCUGUGAUGAAAGGAGCCAGGUUGGAGGGAAUACCUCUGAAUCACUUUUUCUCUUAGGACUCCAAGGGAGGGAGGGAGGGUGGUCGGACUGGAUAACUGGCCAUUGACCUGAAAUGGUACUCCUAGCCAGGAGAUAGGAAAAGGGCAGAGGUUACUUGUGCAUCUGUCUUAAACCCUGAUUUAUUUUUAUUUUUGGUCUUCCAGGCUUGCAACUUCCCACUGGAGCUCUAUGAGGUACCUGCGAUUCCCUUAGUUUCUUCUGCCUUUUUCCUGGUGCAAUGAGAUGGGGAGGGGGUGAAGUUGGUUUCCCGUUUGCUGCCCGUAAGGACAUCAGUCAGUCUUGGAGCUGAUUUCAAGGGCUUUAUAGAGUGGGAGGGAAGCAACAUAAGAGGAACAGCUACGCUUGGACGGGGGGGAAAAGUCCAUCAAGACCAGCAGUGCCCAGUGCGAGCCAUUCCUGGGCAGCUCCAAGCAGCGACACAGAUUUGGAUCUCCGGGUACUGAUGUUGAGGGCAGCAGCAAACAGGCCCUGCAUCUGCACUUGGGCUGCCAUGGGCAUCCUUUCCUUUUAUUACUAUUAUUAUUUUUAAAAAAACCUAAUAGCACUCUAUAUAGGGGGCAGCUGGCAAUAAAUGCACAUGGUUGCAGACCCCAAUCAAUCAGUCAAUCAAUCAAUCAAUCAAUCAAUCAAUCAAUCAAUUAAUUAUCCUUUUCUGCAACAAAGUGGUGCUUAUUCCCAAGUCAGUGUAUUUAGUGUCAGGGCAGCAGGUGCAAAUUCUGUUGUAUUUCUGUGUCCCCCCCCCUUUCCCUCCUAACAUAGCAGAAAUGUUAAAGCAGUUGAGCCAUAGAAGCAGGUGCCUAGUGGAGAAAGCCACCCCCUUAUUGUUUUUCUCAGCGCAUAUAUAUAUAUAUGUAUAUAUAUGCACGUAAUACCUCUGAACACGAACAUUGCAUUCUGUAUCAUGGCUCAUAGCCACAGAUGUCGAUACAAACCCUCUAUUAUGAGUGGCCACCCUGAGCUGCUGUUUGAACCCACACUUGCACAGGGAGGAAAUAUUUCCUUUUGACUGCCCCAAACUUCCUGAAGGAGGUGAGCAGAAGGUAGAAAGUACUUGUGGGGCAAAUGGAUGAAAGAAAGAAAGAAAGAAAGAAAGAAAGAAAGAAAGGCAGAAGACUCUGAGACAGGACUGGUUAUUCCUGGGCCUCCUGUAUAGGAUAAGCCCUUGAACAUAGCAUGCUGCCUCACAAUGUGCCAGGUGCCAUUGGUCCAGUGGGGGUCAUUCUAUCUGGCAGUAGCUCUCCAAGGUUUCAGAGCUGCUUUCCCAGUCCUGAGAUCCCAGAGAUGCUUGGGGUUGAACCUGAGACCUUCUGCAUGCAAAGCCCUGAGCCAUUGAACCUCUCCUCUUCGUUGCAUGCAUCUGCCACUCCACAAACUGCACACAACUCCUGCUUUAUAAAUGUUUAUAAGGAACUAGACAUACAACCAAGCUACUUUACAGCUUUUGCACAAGUUUCACAAACUCUUCCUAACAUGCAGAGUGUGUCAUAACGUAAUAGACUGGUGACUGGGAGCGGCCGCCGAGACCGUAUAACACCGUUCUUGAAAGACCUACACUGGCUCCCAGUACGUUUCUGAGCACAAUUCAAAGUAUUGGCGCUGACCUUUAAAGCCCUAAAUGGCCUUGGUCCAGUAUACCUGAAGGAGCGUCUCCACCCCCAUCGUUCUGCCUGGACAGUCCAGCGCCGAGGGCCUUCUGGCGGUUCCCUCGCUGCGAGAAGCCAAGUUACAGGGAACCAGGCAGAGGGCCUUCUCGGUAGUGGCACCUGCCCUGUGGAACGCCCUCCCACCAGAUGUCAAAGAGAAGAAUAACUACCAAACUUUUAGAAGACAUCUGAAGGCAGCCCUGUUUAGGGAAGCUUUUAAUGUUUAAUAGGUUAUUGUAUUUUAGUGUUUUGAUGGAAGCUGCCCAGAGUGGCUGGGGAAACCCAGCCAGAUGGGCGGGGAAUGAAUAAUAAAUUAUUAUUAUUAUUAUUAUUAUUAUUAUUAUUAUUAUUAUUGAGUAAACAUGGGGCAGGGGACAUGGACAUAUUGACUAAAAUAAACCAGUGUGCCACUAUUGGUGCAUUAGUUGUAUUGCCGGCUCUCCUGCCCCUUGUUCUGAGCUUAAGGAGGAGGUGGUACUCAUGCAUAUCCAUGUCUGUGUUUUCCUCUCCUCCCUGCCUCGAACCAUGGUGCGCCUGCAGAAGGUUCGCCAUGGCCCCAUCCCAUCGCCAUCCCCCAGCCCCACUGACACCAAGCGUGGUGGGUUCUUUGGCACCAACCGCUUCCACAUCUCCGACUUCAACUUCCUGAUGGUGCUGGGCAAGGGCAGUUUCGGCAAGGUAGGCCUGCCUUUUUUUAAGGGAUGUGCACAGAGGAGCAGCGAAUGUCUUGCAACUGCAGGCACAGCAAUGCAUUGAACGUGUUUCCAUUUGAGGAAGUGUGAUGGUGAGAAAAGGAUGUACGUGCACGAAAUACUUCACCUCCAAGAAAGUGUGUAAAGUCACCUGCUUCCCCUGCAGAACUGUCACGGGAUUUGGAGAACCUUUCUUUGUUUUCUUUUUGCCUCCUGCUCCUCUGGUUCUUUGGAGGCUGAGCACACUCUUCUGCAGUGCUGGAACUCUCAUCCACCCAGAGGAUUAUCUAUCUAUCAUCUAUCUAUCUAUCUAUCUAUCUAUCUAUCUAUCUAUCUAUCAUCUAUCUAUCUAUCUAUCACCUUCCUUCCUUCCUUCCUUCCUUCCUUCCUUCCUUCCUUCCUUCCUUCCUUCCUUCCUAUUCAUAUUGAAGCUUGGCUACUUUGAAGCUUUUAACAGACACCACUUGUAUAACAAUCAGGAGGAAGGCUCAACAAGCAGGACAUAUGGACCUGCUCUGUGUCCCAGUAUCAGACAUGCAAUUGAUUGGGGAGCAUGGGAGGGCUUCCUUUGUGGCCACACCUACAUUGUGAAACUCACAGCCCAGGGAAGCCUGCCUUUUUCUCUCUUUCUCUGAUGGUCUUUCACCACCUCAGGAAAACUGCUUCAUUUUAACAGGCUUUGGGCCUGUCAUUAAGCUGAUGGUGCUUUUGCUCCCAGGAAUUUAUGUGAAAUUUUAAUCUUCCAUCUUUUCUCUGCCUUUAAACUGUUUAGUUUUUAAUUGUGUCAUGUGCUGGUUGUCUGUUGUAUUGUAAAAGUUAUAUUGGUUGGUUGUUGUGGUUUGGUUUUUUUUGAAAAGUAGAAAGGCAAAAUGUAAUGUAUUUCAGGAAAAGGACAAAUAAGUAAAUGGAAGCUUCCAGGUGCAAAAGAGCACUUUGCAAAAAUGUUGAAAGAGGUUUAAGGGGGGUGGGGAGGGAAUAACUAAACUGCAUCCCACUGCCCAUGGGAAACGUCCCUUCCAUAAAUCAUUUGGCAAUUUUCGCCCUAUGAAACAUCCUAGAAUGUUCCCUACAAAAAUUCAACACCUGCCAAUGGGCUUUCAAUUUGUGUUAGGGGUGUUUGUGUGCUGUUUUCAUUUAGCACCACCUACUGUCUCUGUUCAUAGGAAAACAAUGUUUUUAUCAUACCACCUUGAAUUCAGUAAAAAAACCCAAACACUACUGUCCCUAUGUGGGAAGUAAGUUCUGUGUAAGGGUUGGAGUGUGUGUGUUCCCUGAAGGGUUAGAGAAACCCAGGUUGUCAUGAGUUUGCUUUGGGUAGGUGUGAGCAAGACCCAAACUUUUGGGGUUCUCUCCCCACAGGUGAGGGACGCAGGUGGCGCUGUGGGUUAAACCACAGAGCCUACGACUUGCUGAUCAGAAGGUCAGUGGUUUGAAUCCCCGCGACGGGGUGAGCUCCCGUCGCUCGGUCCCUGCUCCUGCCAACCUAUCAGUUCGAAAGCACGUCAAAGUGCAAGUAGAUAAAUAGGUACCGCUUCGGCGGGAAGGUAAACGGUGUUUCCGUGCGCUGCUCUGGUUCGCCAGAAGUGGCUUAGUCAUGCUGGCCACAUGACCAGGAAGCUGUACGCCGGCUCCCUCGGCCCAUAGAGCGAGAUGAGCACCGCAACCCCAGAGUCGGCCAUGACUGGCCCUAACGUUCAGGGGUCCCUUUACCUUUACCCCACAGGUGAUGCUGGCGGAGCGCCGUGGAACGGACGAGCUGUUUGCCAUCAAGAUUCUCAAGAAAGAUGUGAUCAUCCAAGAUGACGACGUUGAAUGUACUAUGGUGGAAAAGAGAGUUUUGGCCAUGGGGGAGCGUCCACAUUUCCUAACCCAGCUGCACUCUACCUUCCAAACCGCAGUAAUUGCGUGUGGUUAUUUACUUGGUUAAAGAAACCGUAGCUAUUUAACUGUAUGCUGUUUUGUUGAUUAAGUAAUUCAUUGCCUCCACUUAAAUUUGCAUGCAGGGGAAAAUGGAUGAAUGCAUAUGACACAGCAACAUCUCGGAAGAGGCAUUUCCCCUCAUCUCUCUUGCGCAGGAGGGGAUGUCUUCUUAUAAGAUGGCAGCCAUCUUUUUAGAACUAGUGGUUAAAAUAAGUUUCUAAAGGUUGCUGUCCAAUUAAUUGAGUCACAUUCAAUCAAAAUGUAUCUUAAUUUAGGGGUUCCCAAAUGGGUCACUGUGCUUCAUUCAGGCGUCUGCGGCAUGUCCGUGAGGAACACACACAAUAUGAAUUUUGUGGAAUUCCCAAACAGUAAUACAAUAAAGGGGGUGGGGUGGGAAGAAGCAAUAAAAAUACAAUUUAGAAUUAUAAAGCAUCUGGCACAGUGCAUUACAAUUGCUACUAGAGGCAAGAAAAAUAAUUAAGAGGUCCAUCAAGACCCUUAGCAAUUUUCAAGUGGCCCAUGAGGGGAAAAGUUUGGGAAUCCCUGUCUUAAUUGGUUUAACCGACUAAGCAUUGCAGAGAGGGAAGGGGGGGCAUACUGUGGUAUCUGGAUCUUUCAUUUUAUCUGCCUGUGGCAAUAAUGGACACACAUCCUGGUUUUUUUCCUUCAAGGACCGGCUCUAUUUUGUCAUGGAGUAUGUCAAUGGAGGAGACCUGAUGUAUCAUAUCCAGCAGGUUGGGAAGUUCAAGGAACCUCAUGCUAUGUACGUGAGUCUCUUGGGGAACUCAAUUGAGAAUGGGUUUCUCUCUCUCUCUCUCUAGCUGCUCUCACACUGGAACAGCUCUGCUUCUUCACUCAGUUCUUACAGGGCAUUUGUACAGUAUCAUUAACUAAACACCCCCCUCUCAAGUUUCCCCACAUUUUUCCUCCUGGAAGCUCGUAAAACCCAACCCUUUUUUGUAGAAAACUCAGUGCACAAUUUCCCCCGCUGUAUUCCAUCCUGCUAGAUUGCUCUAGCUGUUUCCUGGGAUGUCCUCCAGCCAUUUCCUUCUCAAUCAUUUUUCUUCCCUCUCUAAGAAUCAGCUCGGCCUCUCCAUUCCUUGCAUUUCCAAAUAGCUUUGGCUUUCUAUAUCUUUUUUUCUCUUCCCUAAAUUGCAGAAGGGUGUGCGUGGGGGCACUACCAUUACUGGGAGGGAAGUGGUGGAGAAGGAGUCUUUAACCUUUUCUUCCUACAUAACGAUCCCAAUGAAAAUUGCCUUCCAACAUUUGGAACGGGCGGACAAGGGACUGCCCAGUUGGCUACAGAAUGCCAGAGGUUUGUAAGGAGAGCCGCUAUUCCACUUCCGGCUUCAAGCAGGACAGCGUUGAGUGCGUGUUGCUAAAUUGUCCUUGUCCAGAAGUACCCUCUGCCUGCCUGCCUUUACUUGCAUAGUCACUCCAGUCCAAAACAUGAUGACACCUGAGAACAGCUUUUCUUACAUAUCUUAAGACCAGGGUUGGCUUCAAAGGGUGGUCAGGUUGGGCAUUUGCAAAGGCCUCGUGUUUGGCAGAUGGGCCCACAGUCCCAAGUGUCACCCUCUUUCAGUUCAAGGGGACCCACUGAAGAUGCUUAAUUUAGGGAUUCCCCAAAUCCUGGAACCUGCACUGCCCCCCUCCCCAAUAUUUUUAUUGAUUUUGCAAUAGUAUUCAUUAAAUGAACACAAUGACUUUCAUACAAAGAAAAAUCAUGUCAUUGUCUCUGCUUCUCCUCCUGUUGCCAGAAGCCUAGUAAGUAUUCUUAUGAAUAUUCUAUUGUACGCCCUUCACCCAUGUUUACUACCUACUUUUGGCAUUCUCUCAACAGGGAUCUUAUAUGUCAUAUCAUCAAAAUCUCUUGAACAUAGUUUUAACACUGUUUAAGAGACAAACUACACAUGACCGUUGUCUAAAUCCUUUGCGUAACUAAAGACUGUUAUGGGGUGCUCGCUGGAUCAGGGAAACAGCUUGGGGGUGUAGGUGUUUAAUGCUUACACCUCCUGUACUCUAAGCCUAGGGCUUCCUGAUCGGAAGGUCGGCAGUUCAAAUCCCUGUGACAGGGUGAGCUCCUGUUGAUCAGUCCCUGCUCCUGCCAACCUAGCAGUUUGAAAGCACGUCAAAGUGCAAGUAGAUAAAUAGGUACCAUUCCGGCAGGAAGGUAAUCAGCAUUUCUGUGCGCUGCUCUGGUUCGCCAGAAGUGGCUUUGUCAUGCUGGCCACAUGACCCGGAAGCUGUACGCCAGCUUCCUCGGCCAGUAAAGCGAGAUGAGCGCCACAACCGCAGAGUCGUCUGUGACUGGACCUAACGGUCAGGGGUCCCUUUACCUUUAACUGUGCUGUUUUCAUGAUCUAAAUCCUCUGUCACCCGAACACAUGCACACUUGCUGUUUGCUCUGUAGCUGAAAACAUUCCAGCAUGGUGCAUGCAGUCCCCCUGUGAAUGCACUUAGUAAGAGUCUACAGUUCAAUGGAGGAUUCCUGGUGAAAUGUGUACUUUGGUCCUAAGAGCCAUGUGUUUGAAGAUCCACCUCCGUGUCAGGUGAAUCAGGAGUGCUCCACAUACGCAGCAGAAUGAAGUGGGAGUGAAGUAAUUAAUAGAGUUCUGAGGUUGUAGAGUGGUCUGUACCACUUCAGACUGCAGGUGAGACCUCACAUUUAAAUACCUUUCUAUGUAAGGUGGUGGCGCUGUGGGUAAAACCUCAGCACCUAGGACUUGCCGAUCGUCAGGUCGGCGGUUCGAAUCCCCGCGGCGGGGUGCGCUCCCGUUGCUCGGUCCCAGCGCCUGCCAACCUAGCAGUUCAAAAGCACCUCCCCGGGUGCAAGUAGAUAAAUAGGGACCGCUUACUAGCGGGAAGGUAAACGGCGUUCCGUGUGCUGCGCUGGCUCGCCAGAUGCAGCUUGUCACGCUGGCCACAUGACCCGGAAGUGUCUUUGGACAGCGCUGGCCCCCGGCCUCUUAAGCGAGAUGGGCGCGCAACCCUAGAGUCUGGCAAGACUGGCCCGUACGGGCAGGGGUACCUUUACCUUUACCUUUAUGUAAAGAAAGCAAGCAGCACCCACUUCCUGCACUUGCAAACGAGCAUGGCAGGGAGUUAGCUGGGCAAGAAUUUUUCUCCCUAACGUACUAGAUUUCUCCUUGUAGAGAGUUUUUACCUGGAUGAGUGUUCAAAAAUGUGGCACACACACACACCACCCUCUCACAGCGGUCUGAAGUGGUACAGUCUGCUCUAUGGCCUCGGGAUUCUACCGCUUCAUUCUGCAUGCUUACGUAUGCCAGAGCUCAGUUUCAUGGGAAAUUAUUACACUCCAGUGAAGUUGUGUAAUUGAGUGACCUGAAUGUGAAAUCAACAAGCGUCCACUUGCUCUAAAAAGAAACAUAAUUGACAAGGAGUUUAAAACACGCACUCACCCACCCUCUGUCCAAGCCGCUGAGAAGAACCAUGGGAAGUAAGCUUGGGCUACCAAUUUUUGCAAGAGACUCCCCUGUCUUAAAAUGACAUUCAGAUGGAAUGUGAGAAUGACAAGGCAGGCAGCUAUGCUGGAGAUAGGAUCCCUUUUGUCUGAAAAGCCGGAGUCUUAGGCUGCCUGCACACCAUUCAUUUAAAGUACAGUGGUACCUCUGGUUACGUACUUAAUUCGUUCCGGAGGUCCGUUCUUAACCUGAAACUGUUCUUAACCUGAAGCACCACUUUAGCUAAUGGGGCCUCCUGCUGCCGCUGCACCGCCGCUGCACGAUUUCUGUUCUCAUCCUGAAGCAAAGUUCUUAACCCGAGGUACUAUUUCUGGGUCAGCGGAGUCUGUAACUUGAAGCGUAUGUAACCUGAAGCGUCUGUAACCUGAGGUACCACUGUACGUUGUAGUUUACCCCCUUAGAGAGUUACAAUUGCCAGCACCCUUAACAAACAAUAGUUCCCAUGAUCCUUUGAAGGAAGUCAUGUGCUUAAGAUGUAUGAUGUGUGUAGCAGCCCUCCUGUUCCUGGCACGCCGUGUUGGGGUGUGGAGUGGCCGUUCUCCUAUAUGCAUUUCUGGGACCACUUCAUACCUCUAAUCUUAUCUUAGCUCUGCCUUGCAUGCAGAAAGUCCCAUGUUAAAGGACUCCUGCCUUAAACGAUGGAGAGCCACCGCUAGGUGGACAACACUGCGCUAGGCGGACCAUUGAUUUGAGAUGAUAGAAGGCAGCUUCCUGUGUUCCUAUCUCCUUCUAAAAUGAAGCCAACGUAGGUGUAGGGCUGGUGCGUGCAGCUGGAGAAAAUGGCCUGUCUGGUAAAAUUAGGAUCACUGCUGAACCUAAUUAGGCUUGUGGGCUGGAGGUUCCCCAUAUUUGCUCCAACCACCACACUCUGCACUGUCUCCCCACAUACAUACAUACAUACAUACAUACAUACAUUGUUCUUCCUAUUUAUCCUUGCCUGCAUCGCCCCUCUGUUGCCUCCACUGGGUCUGAUUACAGAUUGUAAGUUCCUUGGCACAGGGACCUGCCUUCUUACUGCUCUGUACAGCACCGUGCAUGUUGCUGGUGCCAUAUAGAUAACGGAAAACCUUUAAAUUCACAAGAAUGAAAACUAACCUGUGUGCCUGCCAACCCACUUCCCUGUUACCUGUAAAGGUUGGUACCUGUACGUGGAAUAUGCUUUAAUCCUAACUUGAUGCAGCGGGAAGCAGGUCUACGCACAGUAACUUCCAGCCACUUGUACGCAGAAUAAAAAGCUCUCUUGUGAUCAUGCAUAAAUUGACAUAUUACCUUUCUGAUAUGCGUAUCAUUACAAAGGUGGGGGAGCUGGUAAGUUCUAUGUGGAGGAGCUGUAUGGUACUGGAAUGGCAUGGCUAGUGAGUGUGGCUGCUUGUAUUUUUCAAACAUCAUGUGAAAAGUGGCCAUCAGAGCCACCAUGAUGACUUCAGUGCCACUGCUAAUGAAAUCCUUGCCGUGUUAUCUCUCUCCCUUCCUCCCUCUCCCUGCCUUAACCCUCCUCACCCUUUCCCCCUUCUCUGUUACAGGUUUUAUGCUGCAGAAAUUGCAAUUGGCCUGUUCUUUUUGCAUAACAAAGGAAUUAUUUACAGGUGAGUCUAUUCUGUUCUCUAUAGAGGUCCCAGACUCGACUGCAAAACCCCACUUUCCCCCCUGAGAAUCCAGGGGUUCUGGCUCCAUCUCUACUUCCCCUCUGCCCCCUCUCCAAAUCUCUACAGGACUGCCUCCUUCCUUCCUUCCUUCCUUCCUUCCUUCCUUCCUUCCUUCCUUCCACUAUCAAGAUUCUAAUAGGCAAAAAAUGCCGGCAGCAUUAUGAUAAAUUCAAGAGAGUAAAUAAGUUUUGAUGGAUGUAACAGUGGAAAUCCAAUUUGAAUAGUUAUUGUAAAAAAUGCAGGGAUGUAAGAUAUGCAAAAUGAACCGUGGAACCACGGCUUGUGGAGAGUUGCCUGCAUGCCGAAGGCUCAGUGCGCCCAGCCUUCGGCAUGCAGGCAACUCUCCACAAGCCGCGGGAGCCCGGCGCGGGCUCCCAUGGCUUACGGAGAUCUGCGCGAAGCCUGGAGAGCGAGAGGGGUCGAUGCGCACCGACCCCUCUCGCUCUCCAGGCUUCAGCGAAAGCCUGCAUUCGCCCCAUAGGACGCACACACAUUUCCCCUUCAUUUUUGGAGGGGAAAAAGUGCGUCCUAUGGGGCGAAAAAUACGGUAUGUAAAAUGUUUAUUUGAAAUCGUAAAACAGAAUUUUAUUUUAUUUUAUUUUUUUAAGAGAUAUUCUAAUAGGCAAAUCAUCUUUCAUUCUGGAUUGUCCUCUUGGAACUAGGAAUGGGGGAGGAAUUCAGUUUGCAUUUAAAGGUGAACAUGCCUUAUUUGCACUUUCCAUAACUGAAACAUAGCCAGUGGUUGAAAUGCAGGCUUUUCCUAAUGUUCUCCAGCCAAGUAAUGUGCACAAAGAUGCAUAUCCUAAGAUAAAGUAUGCACAAAGAUGCAGAUGUACACAUGAAAAUAACUUACAAAAAUGCAUUAUAUUAGGGGAAAUUGCUUUGCAGAAAUGUGCACAUCAAGAAAAAAAUCAUACUAGACUGCUGGUGAAUUUUCACAAGACAAAAAAUCACAAAUUGAUGUGGAAGACUGAAUUUCAAACUGGAAAAGUGAGAAACUGGGAGAAGCUGAAACUGAUGAAUCUGCCCAUCCCUUCCUUACUUGGAGGAUGUAUUUCCUAGCUGUAAUUUGGCACCCUCUGCUGGGCACUCCUAUUGCUUGCUUUGUCUCUCCUGCCCAGGGAUCUGAAACUGGACAAUGUAAUGUUGGAUGCUGAUGGUCACAUUAAGAUUACUGAUUUUGGGAUGUGUAAAGAAAACAUUUUUCCUGGCAUCACCACACGGACCUUUUGUGGAACACCAGACUACAUCGCUCCGGAGGUACAGAAUGCUCCUAAGUCUCCCAUCCCCAAUCACACAACUCACCACCCUUCCAAAGAAACAUCAGGUUCCUUCUGCUCUAAUCUAAACUCUCCCCAGGAAUUUAACCUUAUAGGUUAGACUUGUUGCCUUCUAAAAACUCCAGAGCCCUGGUUUCAAAUUCCUACCUCUUAUGCUCGGAUCCAAAACAACUGUAUGUGACAGGCACAGCCAUUAUUGUAUAUUCCUGUGCCUGGGGUCUAAUUUUACAGUUAAAUAUGUGGGGUUGUGAGUGGAAUAGUUGGCCUCCUCCCCUGCCUUAAUUCGCUGUGUCCCUUUCAUAAUCCGUUUGACCGUCAGAGCAUUUGGGACGAAGCAGGUUGUUGAAUGAAUGAAUCUGCUAUCCCAAUUCACCCUCUUGCCAGGAAUCUUAGAACUUAGCUCUCCAAUGCAUGCCUUGGUGACUUAUAGACGAGGUUACUCCCCAGAGGACACAGGUGGCGCUGUGGGUUAAACCACAGAGCCUAGGACUUGCCAAUCAGAAGGUCGGCAGUUCGAAUCCCUGCGACGGGGUGAGCUCCCGUUGCUUGGUCCUUGUUCCUGCCAACCUAGCAGCUCGAAAGCACAUCAAAGUGCAAGUAGAUAAAUAGGUACCACUCCGGCGGGAAGGUAAAUGGCAUUUCCAUGCGCUACUCUGGUUUGCCAGAAGCGUCUUAGUCAUGCUGGUCACAUGACCCGGAAGCUGUACGCCGGCUCCCUCGGCUGAUAAAGCGAGAUGAGCGCUGCAACCCCAGAGUCGGCCACGACUGGACCUAAUGGUCAGGGGUCCCUUUACCUUUACCCCCCAGAGAGGCUCGCUUUGCUACUUCUCUACUAGUUUUUCAGACAUUGGGCAAAAGCAACUUAAUUUCUAAGGACAUUUGGGACCAAUUGAAUCGUGUUUGUUGCCUCUGUUGGGACUUCUUGGUUUAUAUGGUUUGGAUUUCUGUUAUUGGUUGUUAUUUACUACGUUGCUUACGGUUUUAGAGUUUAUUUUCGUAAGCUGCUUUGUUGGACCUGUUUGGGUAAAAAAAAUGGAAUGAAAAAGGUCUGUAGAUUUAAAGGACCUAACCUCCCAUUUCUACCCAUCUUAGAUUAUUGCCUAUCAGCCAUAUGGGAAGUCAGUGGACUGGUGGUCAUUUGGUGUCCUUCUGUAUGAAAUGUUAGCUGGGCAGGUAAGUAUGUUGAGGUGGGGUUUUUUCAUGAUCCAGUCCAGGUCAAGGGAUACAUUUGUGGUCUCAGGGGAUGGUUUGUGGCUGUUGCCAAGAGACCUCAAGGCAUUAAUUCCUUAGUCUAAAUAUUCCACCUGCCAUAGUUCUCACUCUAGCUUUACCUGGUGCUCCUGGUCCACAGCCACCAUUUGAUGGAGAGGACGAGGACGAACUCUUCCAGUCGAUCAUGGAGCACACGGUGUCCUAUCCUAAAUCUCUUUCACGUGAGGCUGUCUCCAUCUGCAAAGGGGUGAGUCCUGACACAUCCAAGAGGGGAAAGGCUUCGCGCCACAUUUCCUUUUGGCUGCCCUGAAGGUUGAAAACAGGUGGUUGUGAGUGAAACAAUGGGUGACUCUCAUUGGGAAUAGAAGGACUUUCAGGGAAGAAUUGGCUGGAAGGUGGGGGGGUGCUUAACUCUGAAUUCACAAGCUGAUUGUUCUGCCCCUGGACAUUUUUAAUGGACAGCAAUAAUGGGGGAGCAGGGAUCCGCAGGGGAGAAUCGGCAGGGUUGUAAAGGGUUAAAUGCUUCUCCCUCUCACCCAGGGCUGGAUUUAGGUUUGAUGAUGCCCUAAGCUAUUGAAGGUAAUGGGGCCCUUUAUAUGUCCAGCUGUCCUUUGUCAACAACGAAUUGCCGCUAUUUUUUGUGUUGAAUAUAUGCUACAGUGGUGCCUCGCAAGACGAAAUUAAUCUGUUCCGCGAGUCUCUUCGUCUUGCGGUUUUUUCGUCUUGCGAAGCAUGGCUAUUAGCAGCUUAGUGGCUUAGCGGCUUUAAGAAAAAGGAAACAAACUUGCAAGAACUCGCAAGACGUUUCGUCUUGCGAAGCAAGCCUAUAGGGAAAUUCGUCUUGCGGGACGACUCAAAAAACGGAAAACUCUUUCAUCUAGCGAGUUUUUCGUCUUGCGAGGCAUUCGUCUUGCGGGGCACCACUGUAUAUGGUAAUUUAUGGAUCUAAUAGGUAUCUAAAGCCAUAUGCGCAUAACAAAAUAUGUAUUUUAUCAAAGUAAUUGUUAUAUAUCAAAGUUAUUGAUAUCAAAGUAAUCUUAUAUUUUGGAAAUGUACAUCCAGUUUUUCCCCAUUCAAUUUUUUGGGGAGCCCCCAAUAGAGUGGGGCCCUAAGCUAUAGCUUGUUUAGCUUAUAUAGUUGUACCUCCGCUUACGUAUCCCUCUGGAUACGUACAUAGAUCAGUUUAUUAGUAUAUCCCUCUGGAUACGUAAACUUCAGGAUGUGAACAUGGCAAACCCGGAAGUAUUUUUUUGGAUUUCACCGCGUGCGCAUGCACAGAAGCGCUAAUCCGCUUGCAAAUUCCUCAGGAUGUGGCUGGACCUCUGGAACGGAUCCCGUUCGCAACCAGAGGUACCACUGUACGUAAAUCCAGCACUGCUCUCAACUUGCUUCCCUGUCUUGGUACAUGCAGAUUGGGAGACAUGCAUUUCUUGAGAGAAUGUCCAAUUUCCAUCCUGUAAUAGGCAAUCUCGGACUGUGGUCCGCACCCCUUAGAAGAGGAGGGUGUUCCUAGCAAAUCUCUUUCUCUUUCCCCAGUUCUUGACCAAGCAUCCACUGAAGCGCCUGGGCUCAGGACCAGAAGGGGAACGGGAUAUCCGGGAGCACGGCUUUUUCCGCUGGAUGGACUGGGAGAGGCUGGAGCAGCUGGAAAUCCCCCCACCGUUCAUCCCCCGCCCAGUGAGUAGCUUUGGGUCCCCAAAUGAGCUUGGCCACAUCCAGCCGUGCAGACUCCUGCCACCAGGUGUGAAUAGGCACACACCUGUAUUUUUGCAUGUGGAUGGGCACACUCAGGUUGUCCUAUGGACCUGUGGCUCAAGCACAGUGUCACGUACCUCCAUUAAGAAUACAUGCAUUGCUGUACAUUACUCAGGCAGAACUUUGCAUAUCUACAAAUCUGAACCUCUUCACACAUUCAUUGCAACUUGCAUAGAUCACUUUAUUAGUAUAUUUACUUUCUGUAUGCCUUCCUCCAAGGAGUCAAGGCAGUGUACAUUGUGCCCUCUCCCAUUUUAUCCUCACGGCAACCUUGUGAGGUAGGUCAGCCUGAGAGUGUGUGACUGGCCGAGGUCACCUUCAUGGCAAAAUGAGGAUUCAAACCUGAGUUUCCCCAGACUUAUUCCAACACUCUUAAACUACUACACAAUACUGUGUUUCAUAUCUAUUAAUAUCUGCAAACACCCACAGACACAAGCUCUAGAUAUUUGAGCUGCAACAUGCAGAGACCUUCACACAACACAAUAUAAUGACAUGCACCAGGAAUAAAUAAAACGGUGAUCAAGAUUCAGGGCUGUAUCCAAUGUUAGUCAUACCCGUAGAUCCAUUUCAAACUCCUUUCCAUUCCCCCGUCUCCCUGAGAUGGAAAGAAAUGUCAAACAAAACUCAGAAGGGUAACAGAGCGGUGGUGUUUUUUAAGGUUAAAAAUUCAAAUGUUGUGUUUGGUUUUUAAUUCCGGAAACGUUAUGAAGGAACGCCUUUGAAGACGUAGCAGGUUCAAGAAAGAUUAUAAAAUGGAGAGGGAGGGGUUGUGUUAAAGAAACCAACAGAGAUAAUACUUAUUCCCUUUCUCUUUCCAUUUUCCUCGUUCCCCUCAUCCCUCCUAUUCCCCUUUUCUUUCUCUCUGUCCCCAUCCCCCCAUCCAGUGCGGCCGAAGCGGCGAAAACUUUGACAAGUUUUUCACACGGGCACCUCCAGCGCUGACACCCCCAGACCAGCUGGUCCUCGCAAGCAUUGAUCAGAGCGAGUUCCAGGGGUUCACCUACAUCAACCCUGAGUUUGUGCACCCGUCCACGUUGCGGCAGGGGAGCCUCUCCCCAACAGCCCUGCCCCUCUCUCCGACCAGCAUGCCCCUCUCUCCGACCAGCAUGCCCCUCUCUCCGACCGGGAUGAUCCCUUCCCCAACCUCCCUGGUGUGA